AUGUUUCGUUGGCUGCUUUUUUGGCGAUGCAAUCGGCAAGUUGAUUCCUUGGAUAGGAGCCACUGUAACCUUACGUUCGUGCCCGACGAGGUUUACCGAUACGAUAGAUCUUUGGAAGAGCUUUACUUAGACGCGAACCAGAUCAAAGAUCUCCCGAGGGUAAUUUCAAAGCUUUAUGCAGUCAAUAAUAGUCUUGGAAGCAUUUAAUAACACGAUUUUUUUUCUCCCGGUGUAGCCGUUCUUUCGCCUGUACAACCUUCGACGGUUAGGGCUAAGUGACAACGAGAUCGCUCGGUUACCUCCAGAAAUAGGCAACUUAGCGAACCUUCAAGAGUUCGACAUUAGCAGAAAUGGUAAGUUACGUGUUAGAUAUUGUUUGAUAAACGAAUUAUACUUUCGAAAACCUUUAGUAGAGUACGCUUUAGUCCUCAUGUGUAUGUAUUUGCAGAGCGGGUGCCGACAUUUCAGUACGCUAUGCGUUAAGAUAAAAAGUUGAUAUUGUUAUAGCACGAUCUUACUGCCUAUGAAGUCAUCGACUGCUACUAUAAGUUAUAUUAGCAAAUUAGGCCACGUUUAGGUGAUAGAUCCAUGUAAUAAUAUUUGUUUUCUUAUUUUUCUGUAGAUAUAUGCGAUAUUCCCGAGAAUAUAAAGUUCUGCAAGAGUCUAGCUACACUGGACCUAAGCGGCAAUCCCGUGUCGAAGUGAGUCUGUUGUAAUUAUCUCUGUCAUCUAUCCGAUCGCUCAAGAUUUUCAAUUUUUAAUUGUCAAGGAGCAACGUGUGGUGAGGCUUUUGUAUCUUCUCUAAAGACUGGUGAGGCCGACUUGUAAAAAGUUGACCUUCCGAAGCCCAUUCGAUUUUGCUAAAGUUUGUUUAUGUUCUAGUUGUGUAUGUGAAAACGAGCGAGCGACCCUCGGCCUUUGGUCGAUUCUCCGGUUAAUUUGUUGUGAUUUUCCGCUACAUUACUCGUUCAAAGCUCUAUGCUUCUGCUAUUUAAAAGUGUGUAUGAUCUUUCGUGUUAAGGGAAAGUUAGGUCACUAAAUUACUUAUGUUUUGCUUAAAUUCAUAUAGUCAGUUAGAAGUCUUCUCGGAUUUUUGCUCACGCGACUAAUAGAAUAUUAGAUUAGAACCAAUUUGAUGAGCAGAAACAGAACUAAUGAUCAAUCAGCGAGGGUUUGCCCUUUUUAUAAGGUUGUCUUUUGUCCUUUCAUGCUGUUCUCUGAUGGGAUUCACACAAAAAUAGUUUAAACUAAACAACAGGGAUGUGUAUGUAAAAUUUACACACAGAGUUUAGUUUCCUCAUAAUGCAACUCCCGUCUUUCGUAGCUCAUAGAGCAAACCCUUUAACUGGCGUCUGAGAUAAAAUAAUCACUGCUUUAACAUAACCGCUCAACAUUUCAGUAGGUAAUCAGAGCUUCCUUAAUUCUGGCUUAAAUUCCUCCUCAAAUAACGUGCAAAUCAGUUCUAGUCGCAGAUGAAUUCGAAUUGAAAUGAAGUGCAAACGUAGAUUGUAUCCGUUUCCUCUUUGUUGAUAUUUUGUUCUUUGUAGCUUACCGUGCAGGUGCAAAUCGUAGACCUACUUUCAAAACAAUUUCGCUUGUCCCUCAAAACAUUUUGGCUUACUAUAAACACUAGAGAUUAACGCGAAUUUAACUUAGCUUUCCUGUUUCUAGCACGUCGGAAAUGCCAGUCACUAAUUUCUUGUAUGGUCGAUCGACUUCAUUUCAUCAUUUAAUCGAUUUAUCUCUCUCUUGACCGCAAAAUGCAGAAAAAUCUUAUAAUCCUUCUACCAAGAGUUUUGUUUUGGAGUAAAUUCAUACAUUUAACAUAAAGAUUUCAGUUAUUGUGUACCCCAUUAAUGCUAGUAAACUUUGUUAUAUGCUGGAUUUAUAUUAUAAUAGUUCCUGUGUCUUGAUCUUUUAUUACUUCAUAAAGAAACGUAAACAAUUUGACAUGAUGCAUUUAUAUUUUUCAAUUUUCAAAUUUAUACUUUUUCCUGAAAGUCUAGAACUGCAACAGAAUUAAACCCAUCUUGAUGGCAUGUCAUCCUAUUUUAUAAAAUUUAUGCUGUUGAAAGUUUAUAAAGUAUAUUUACAAGUUUUUUUAAUCUGGAGUGGUGUUGAUUCCAUUCGUGAUUUUUGUUGUAUAAUAUGUAUAUUCAGGCAGCAUUCCUCAGAUUGCAUUUGUGAAAUGCCAAUGACAAGUGCACGCUUUAACUGUUCUCUAAAACAUAAUGACUUUUCCGACUUGUAAGGCCUUUUGUUGGUCAUUAUAUAUUUCUGUUAUUUCCUUUGAAAAAAUUAACAUUUGUAUUUUUGAAGUGAAAUGUAUUAAGUAGUUGCCCUUCCUUUGACAUUUCUGUCUUUGCAAACAAAGAAUUGUCCUUUUACGUUCAUCAAGGUUUGUUUUUUUUUCGCAGACUCUAACAUUAUGUAUGCAGUUGUUGCAGUUUUAUCACAGAGCCUUUUUUGAAACAGACUAAUUCAUGUUUCAUAACUGUUUGCUGUAUUUAUGACAGGAUUAAGAAGAAAUUCAUUGAAUUGCAGUACUUGAUAAUAAGAUUACCUCUUUGUGUGCCUUAGCAGGCUAUUUAUAGCGUGCAUGAGCUUUAGCAUAAUUUUUAUCUGGUUUUCCAGAAUAGUAAUAGGAUAGCUGUUAGUAUAUCCUCCUUUUCUAGAUCUUGCAUUCGUUACUAGCAUCUCUAAUUCGAUUUUAUGUUGUUUUUUUGGUCUGUAAAGCAAAUUUGUAAGUUAUACCACUCAAACUUAUGCUCUUUUGACAUUACUCUCCAAGACUGAUAUGUUUCUUGACACACAUUUGGAACAACUGAUCACUUCAGUGGUCAAAAGAAAAAAAGAAUAAACUUUAAGGUUUACUGGAAAAUCAGGAUCGAGGAUCGAGGAUCGGUUAAAAAGGACUUGAAAAUAAAAUAAAUAAAUAAAUCGUGGAUCAGUGAUGAUGUGGGCCACAGACUGUAGAUAAAUUUCACAGAACAUAACCCCGUUUGCUGUACUGAACACUUAAUUCAAGUAAACUUAUCCGAGUCUCUCUGCGUCAGUGAUUGUUUUGACGAGAAAGUGAAAUUUUCCUGGAAAAUGAAACGCUUUAUCCCAGUGAUACUGUUCCCCCGAUACUGAUAAAAAUCAUUGUUCAAUUUUUUGAGUGUAAAAUCAAAUGUUUCACACCGGUUUGAGGCUAAGAUGUGCGGCCUGUCCCUCCUUGCAAUUUUUACUUUUUGAGUAUUUACAUUAUGACAUAUAACACUCGUUUUGUAUUCCAAACGAAAAAGUAGUAUAACAGCUCCGGCGCCUUUGACAACAAAACUUAUAUCCAAGCAAGCGAGACUCAACACUACUAAGAGCGUUCUUGUUUUUGUUCUUAAACUAACAGAAUUACUGUCUAUUGAUUUUGAUUAUAUCAGGGCCGUGGCGCUUAUUUGGGGGUAGUGCUUAGUAACUUUUUUUUCCCAAUUUCAGUGAGCCUGGGAAUGAGCUAUGUCUUAACAGAAGUAAUACUAUGGUAAUUUUGUUUGACUUCUUGCAGACUUCCUGAUGGAUUUGCACAGCUCAAGAAUCUCACUUCUCUCUGUCUGAAUGAUGUUUCUUUGAUUCGAUUGCCUCCAGACAUUGGAAGGUACGAAAUGCAUGACUCUGCUAAUGUGAUACCAAGAUCAAUUUUCUCCUAACAAUAUCCAUAUGUUACCAAGAGAAAUAGUUAUGGGAGUUAAUAAAAUGAUCACCUAAGAGAAAAUGCUUUGAUCUUCUACCAACUUCUCUUAACUUAUUCCUUAAGGAAAUGUAUAGAGACCAGUUUGGAGAAUUUUUAUGUGGAUAUUGGGGCUUAAAUGGUUAAUCUUGGAAUCUUAUUAUGUAGAGGAUAUUACACGUUGGCACAAAGAUAUGGAUUUUAUUUUCGAGUGGCAAUACAAUAUUUUAUGAACGAGCGCAGCGAGUGAGUAAAAUAUUGUUUUUGCCACGAGAAAAUAAAAUUCAUAUCUUCAAGCCGCUGUGUAAUGUUCUUUUUAUUAUAGAGACAAAAUGACAUCGAUAAAAUGAUAGAGGGAAAUUGCCAAAAUUACGUCAUCGAUAAACUCACGUGUGAGAUUAUGGAAAAUGAACCACUCGGGGCCCGGAUGUAGUUUUUAUCAAUUUUACGAGUGGUAUAUUUCCAGUAAAACACUGGUGUCUAUAUAAUAAAAUAAAAUAUGUCAAAUGAUGAGUAUAUGAAUUUCAUUUAUUUGAACCAUGGAAUGGUGGGGACAAGUAAAUGCAAGAAGAUCAUCGCAGUUAAAGCAGCAACUUAUGCAGAUGCCAAACCCUGACCUCUGUGAUACCAGUGCAUUGCUUUUAAUCAUUUCAUCUUCAUCUUUUGUGGGUACAUGUAUAUUAUGAACCAAUUUAAUGACCAGUUCUCCGUUAGCUUACAGGGUUGUCAAAAGUAGCCGGCUGCUGGCGAAAAUCGCUGCCUACUUGGUUAUAAGUAUUGGCUGGCUACUCUGCUUGGCAUUUCUUUACGGAUGGUGUUUUUUAAAUAAAAUAUCCCUGGACUGGCCACCUACUUUGACAACUCAGCCAUCUACACUGUACCUCAAAACUCUCUGACAACCCUGCUUACUAGCUCAAAUGGUCAGAGCACUGCACCGGUAUCGCAGAGGCCAGAUUCAAAUCCUGGCAAGCCUGAAUUUUUUCAUGAUUUCUUUUCACAACUGCAUAAGUUGUGUCUUUCACUGCGAUGAUCUUCUCUGUAUUUAUUUACAUUAUUGUAAUAUUAUACCUGUACGAAUAAUUCUUGUCUCCAGGUCUCUUAGAGCUUUUGACUUUUUCUCAUAGUCUUUAUCAGCAAGUACUGUGUAUGUGCCAUCACAUGUCUAAUGUAUAUUUAGUCAGCAAGUGAUAUAAAAUCAGUGUAAGUUCAUAACCUCCAUCUCAAUUUUAGGGCUGAAUACUGUCGUCUGAUAUAAAUGGCUUCCUUGAGUUUCCUUUUUCAUGUGUCAACAUUGUAGGCAGUAUUUUCUGUUAUUCAUAUGAUGGAUCUUGAUUUUUCUGCCCAAAUAGCACAGUCAUUUAAUGUUGCCAGGUCCAUGUUCUGUGACAGUUUCCAUACUUCUCCAGUAUGUGUUUUAACUUUGGUCUGUUCAUUUCUUGCAGUUUAACUGAACUUGCAGUCUUGGAAGCUAGAGAAAACCUGAUCAAAUACCUUCCAGUGUGAGUUUCAAAAGAAGUAAAUACAUUUAAAAACAAUCCCUUGGAUCAAGAUGCAUUAAAUGAACCAAUGAAUCCGCUCUAAGCUAGGAUUUGUUCUUGGUUCCUUUGAAGUACCAUGAUCUCAGUAAUCUUGGAUCACAGUGUGCAAAGAAAGUUGUGUCUGAUAGCCCGGGACUGGUUGAUUUUGUGAUCAUGCUAGUGCGUUCUGUUCUUAACUUGUCCAAUGUGCAGUUGAAGGUUUUUGGGAAACUUUGAAUUACAGUAGUACUGUAAUGUUGUGAACUGAGUCAAAUUUAGAAUGAUUUGUAUGGCAUCGUAUGAGCAUAACUGGGCUAUUACCUCAAAGACAAUUUGCCCUGGAAUGCGAAUUCUUGUCAAGUAGGCAUUUUGGAUGUUGUUCUUUCAUAAUACUCUGAAAAAUCCCAUAAUUUCACAAAUUUAAUUUUUUAUGUUUGUCACACUUUAGGACUCUAUUAAUAGAUAAUGAUUAACUAAUCAUAAAUCCUGCUCAUCGAAAAUUUUUCGGGCCAGUUAAUACGACACUUGGGUUAGUACCUGCUAGCUAUGGCUUGCUCAAAGGGUAAGCUGUAAAACUGACUGUCUUUGCACCCCGUGAUCAAUGAUGUUGAUCUGGACUGAUCUGGAUCACCCCAAAGGAACCCAUCCUAAAUGUUUAGGAUUAAUAAUGGAGACAUAAGGGAGAGUAUUCAAAUCUUGUAGCAAAUCCCAAGAGAGAUCUACAUGCAGUCGACAAGAAAUAUUAACAACAUGAAAGUCAUCAUUUGUGCAAUUUUGUCUCACACUUUACACUUGGCGCUGGCCAUGCCUGGGUUAUUGUCUUGUGAUGAGAAGAUAGUGAUUAAUAUAUGUCUCCCCCAAUCCUUUGCAGUUCUAUGGAAUUCCUUGCUAAGCUUGAAAGACUUGACUUGGGUUGCAAUGAGCUUGAAGAACUUGUAAGUUUAUGUAAAUACUUGUGCAUGCAGUAUUGAUGUCCAGUAAUUUUGUUUUUGCAAGUUGCAUUGAGAGAAGGAUUUUGGCAUGGGGGAAUUUUUUGUUGGAGUUCUUGUUUUAGUGGCAAAUUCUAAAUAUAGUUUGGAUUUCCCAAUUUUCAAUCUCUUGUUGCUUUGUUUUAUAGCCUGACAUUGUAGGAUCAUUUCCAAACUUGAAUGAAUUAUGGCUGGAUGGAAACCUUUUGAAGACAUUACCUCCAGUAAGAGAACUUUAAUUUGUUAACAAACAUUUCAAGACUUAUCGUUUUGAAGAAGCCUAUAAUUUUUAUUUUUUAUUUCUACUAUGCAUAUUUACAUAUAUAUUAUUUGUAAAAUUAUCUUAGCAUUAAUUUUUUUAAGAUUUGAGAUUUUUUAAUGUUUAUUUCUUGUACAUGUGUACAUGUAUUAAUAUUUUAAGAUUUGUAAUCAGUGUAUCUUGGUAUCUUGGUAUGUUUUUAGCUUUUAGUUUUUUAACGUUGGCAUAAUCAUUGUAAAGUGCUAUGAAAGAGUAGCUGAAUAGCGCUAUAUAAUUUAUUAUGGUUGUUAUUAUUAUUAUUGUUAUUAUUGCUUUAGAACUUGUACAAUUUACUGUGGUGAUAAAAUCCUACUUUUGAGAAACAGAUAGAGUUUAUCCUUAUGAAGUAAUUUUACAAACUCAAGAAUAAAGUGUUAUCAAGGCAGUAGAACUGGUGCUCAAAGGCUUAGAGGGUACACAAAAAGGGCUGUAAAUAGGAAAAGUUAUUCCAAAUAGCACUGCAUUGUUAGAGAGAAUUAGAAUCAUGUUGACAGCUAAAGGUUAUCGCCUGCCAAUUUUUGUACUGCAUGACAAAGUAUUGCUAAUGCUUAUCAUUUACAUGUAACUAUACAAAUACAGCAUUUUUUUAUGUCAGUUUUAUCUAUAAGAAUUGUUUUGGGUAAUAUUUAUCUGCUUAUUUUUAUGAUUUUGUAAAUUGUCAACUUCAAAUCGUAAAAUUUGAUGAUUGCCAUGUACUUUACAGUGUAAAAUUAUGUGAGACUGAACCUCUCUCUUAUGAGAAAGAAGUUAAGCAAUGACAGCAACUUGCUUGAGCUUUUUGUAUCUAAAGAAUAGGUUUCCAUGAAUUUGUGUUAAUUUUUAUAUAACCUUUCUUAGUAUCAAUUUUUAAGCUUGCUUUUUGCUUGAGUUGAAUUUAGUUCUGAUUCCAGGUGAAUAAUGCACUGAGUAUCUUAGUUUCUAUGUAUAGCUGUAUGUUAUAAACCCCAACCAUAAAUUUGUUUCUUUUAUAGGAAAUAGGAAACCUGAAGAAGCUCCAGAUAUUUGAUGCUUCAGAGAAUAAAAUAGAGUAUUUACCAGAUGAAAUCAGUGGUUGUACCGCACUCACUGACUUUCAUUUAUCGCAGAAUUUGUUAGAAGAGCUUCCAGACACUAUAGGCAAGUGUGAAUUGAAGAGUGUUACUAAUGAUGAUCCAUACUUUUUGGUAGCAAGAUGGGGGAGGGGUAGAAAAAGAAGGUUAAUUUGAAUGGUCCAAUCAAAGGAUUUGUUCCUUAGCUCAAAAAGUAGAGUCAACUCUGAAAAUAGGGAGAUCCCAUGAUAAUAACCGUGUAUAUGUUACAAGUCAAAAUUAUACUCUGGUUAAAUUUUUUUUGGUCCUAGGUUGAUUCUCAAUUUCCUUUGUCUCCUAGCCCUAAUCCAAUAAAAAAUUAUUAUUCAUGGAUUAGAGCUAGGAGACAAAGGCAAUAGAGAAUCAACGUAGGUUAAAAAAUUUUAACCUGAAUAUAAUUUUUACCUGUAACAUAUAUAAUGUCAUUCUAUCUUUUGAGUGAAGUAUGUGGAUGAAGUUCUUUGGACAGGUGUGACCUCUACAGCAGUUUUUUCACUUGGUGCUAUUUAUGUACUAUGGAGUUCUAACUUUUGAGUUUGUGAACAAAAAACCUCUUUUUUGGGGCCUUUCAAAUGAAACUUAUUUAUUUAGUAGAGUAGAUCUAACUUUUGACUUUGUGGACAAAAACACUAUGGUGGAACAUCUUCUUCUAGAGAAGACUAUAUUCCAAAAAUAUUGACUGUUUUGUUAGAGAUUCAUCGCGUUUACAUUUGACCUUUGCAGCCUUUUGUCUUUUGUCUGUCAUUCGUAAACAAUAGCUAAAACAAUGAAACUACUCCGUCGACCAAUUGGCGCUUCUGACCGGAUUCUGGACAGAUUUUGCAUCAUCAGUAUGGAAAUUUCUGUCACUGAGUCGCAGACAUUCCUCCUCGCGAAACGUCUCCAGUGUUCUCACCAGGAUUUUGCCUUGGGGAGUCCCAGGGCCCCCUCUUUUGAGAAAUAGGGGCCCUGUAAGAACAUUAGGGGGACAAAGUUACAAAAAACACGCGGUACGAAGAACCUGAGCCCGCACUCCAAAUUGUCUGUUACAUGAAGUACCUACCUGAUCCAAUAUGGCAGAAGAGGAGUUUACGAUGUAGUGGGACGUGCAUGGGACCAAUGAAAGUAAAGGCAACAAAAUUAAAGACUUUGACUCAUUUGAUAUCAUAUUUAUCCAAACAAACGGAAUGCUUUAGUGUUAGGUUGACCAUUAAAACUACUUAAGUCCGUUUGACUCGUAGCUUGCCCCUGCGCCUUAACGGGCGCAUCUUCUUGGUUUUAAUGCGCCAUUUCAGUUUUUCUUGCGGGAAUCCCGCAAGGCCGCGGCCUGGUGAGAACACUGCGUCUCUCAAUGAUGAUGAGUGAGGAGAAACGUCUGCCGUUCGCAGGCUAACACCCAAUGUGUAAUUUUUUUUUCGGAUUUUCAACUGGCAACUGUAUUCACAAGAUUGUUCUAUCUGUAAUAGUCUCUGGAGGGAUUUAGUUAUUUGUUUCUACCUUGUACCUGCAAUCUUGUGCAUAACUUGUGUCUCUCAAGAUUACAUGUGGUGUAUUGCAAUUUAAAUCAUCUUCUUUAAGCACAAAUCACUGGUAUUAAUCUUGUGGCUGGUUUUGCUCACUUCAGGAAAACUCAAGAAAUUACAGCUUAUCAAGGUUGACCAGAAUCGGCUUCUUUGUCUAACGCCAGCAGUUGGAGGGUAAGUUCAUGUACAUCUGUAGAAUUUUUUUAUAAUGGUCAGUGUACUAAGGUAAUAGGACUGUUAGAACAUAGUCCAGUUUGGUUGUAAUCGUACAAGUGAAAUUAUACAUGUAAAAUUGGGUGACCACACCAAGGGAGUGCAAAUACAGAGAAAAUUGGACAACACAAAGUUCUGUUAACACAUUAAUCAUUACAACUGAAACAAAAUUUCAGUUUCUGUUUCAUUAAAACACAAGAUCUCCAGACAGAUUUUUCCUGGGCAUAAAAAAAAAAGAACCCAUUCAUUAAUGCAACUGUUCUACUACAACUGUGAAAGGUUUGAACCCACCUGUUCUACAGCAUGCACUGUGCACUUUAUUUUGCAAGAAUAUUGAUCUUUAUAUGUUUAUAUGUUUACUACUUUCAUAUUCUAGGCUGUCCAGUUUACAAGAGUUAAUAUUAACAGAAAACCUUCUUGAGGUGUGACUCUUAAACAUAUAAUAUUAUAUAGUGGGUACUUUAUAGCACAUACUUUUUCUUUCUGCAUUGGUGUUAACUUGGCGUAAACCACAAGAAACCAUUUUUUUUCUCCCUGCUUUAUUUCACAUUUUGUUGGAAAUGGCUUCUUAAAUACCCCCCUUCCCCCAUUACUGCAUAAAAUAUUUUAAGACGGAAUCCAUCAGCAAAUUGAGUAAUUUUAAUUUUCAGUGGACAAAAACCUUGUACUAGAAUGUUUUAGCCCAUAUCACAUUCUUUUUGACACUUUUCAAGGGCUAUAGAUGUAAUUAAGACCGAAGACAAUCUCUUAUGGGAGCCCGAGAAAUUAAUUUCAAAAUUUCACAGGAAUGGAGAAAACACAGGUAAAAUCAUAAUGCAUAAGAUUUCAUUUAGUAAAAUUUGAAGCUUUUGAAGUUUAUUUCCUAAGACUCCCAUAAGAACCUUUUCUUUGGAGUUAUUUCAUAUAACUUAUAUUUUUAUUAUAAAUAUGGUACUUUUUCACUUCAACUAUUCGUAAUAAAUCUUAAGCCGUCUACACACCACCUGCCUCGAUUAGCCUUGCUAUUUGCAGGUGGUGUGAUAUUUGUAUAUUUAAUGUAAGAAAUAAAGAUGUUGUUGUUGUUGUUGUUGUUACUUAUUACAUAAUUUAUAGCGCCCGAAAAGUGUGAUAAACUAUAUGCUUGAAAUUAUUCUGGUACAAGGUUUUCGUCCACUGAAAAUUAAAAUUAUUACUCAAUUGUGUAGAAUGGAUUCCGUCUUAAAUUAUUAGUACAAGUAAUUUUAAAAAUUUUUGUAAUUGUUCACAGGUAAAUAUUGCUUUAAAUUUAAUUGAAAUGUAAGGGUUGGUUAUUUAAAUGAAGUCUAACUUAGGCUGCAGUUUAAGAAAUCAUUUGAUGUCCAGAUAUCUUUCUUGAGGGGUUUAUUUAAGAAAAUAAGUGCUUUUCCAGUCUUUGCUAUAUGCUUUAUUCAAAUUGUUCAUGAAAAAUAGUUGUUAGGUAAAAGCGUUGGGCAAAAUGAAAAAUGGCUUAGAACACGGUUUUGUUAAACACAGGCUAAACCCUCGUUUAAAUAACUGGCCUUAAGUCUUUGUUUAUUUUGCAGGAACUACCAUCAACAAUAGGGAAACUUCACAAAUUAACACAUCUUAAUGUAGAUAGGAAUCGUCUCACAGCUUUACCAGUUGAGGUGGGUAAAACUUAACUGCACUGCAGUCAUUUCAUUAAGGGGAUGAAAAUAAUGAUUAGAGUUUCUUACACAAAAAGUGAGGUCUAGUACAAGAUUUUAAUGCUUACAGUCUAUUUGAGUGCAGGCAAACAGCUAUGUCAUGGUUCUUUUUGUUCAAGUGUAAUGUAAUGAUAUUAUUGUGGUUUAAUUUUAUCCGUGGUUUAAAUAUUAUUUUCCCUUGUUUGUUUUUGGGUACGGUAUUAUUUGAUGAUGAUUUUGAAACAAAACAUGAACAGGCAUAAUUAUUAUGGUCAAAUGAAAAUUUUGUUUGAUUUUCCCAAUGGUUUCAGUCACCCUACUACCUGUUAUUUUGUAGUGGUCAAUGGAACUCUCCAAUUUUGUUUGUAGUUGAACGACUUUCACAGGACCGGCACUAAGUAUUUAAAAUCAUUGAAAAUGACCGAUUCUGAAGAAAUGUGGAGAUAAAAAUUACAGUGAUGUACAUGUUGUUGUCCAUCCAUCAGGAAAUAGUUGCUGUAGUAAAUUAAAUAAUAUGUUUAUUGUACAAAUGUAUUUUUCUUUUUGUUUAAUUAAGAACAUUUAUUAAGAAAUUCUUUCCGUAGCAAGUAGUAGGAAUUGAUAAGGAGAAUCAAUUUUACUGGUUCGCAUGUUGAUGUACUGUUUGAAGGCUUAACUGUGUGGUGGACUUUGCAGAUUGGAAGCUGUACAAGAUUAAGUGUUCUUUCAUUAAGAGAAAACUGGUUAUCACGCCUGCCAUCAGAAAUAGGCAACUGUAAAAGUCUUCAUGUAUUAGAUGUAUCUGGCAACAGGUGAGACAAAUCUCUGAAGAAAAUUGUUACACAGUUUUGGAGACAGAGUUUUUGAAGGAUGUUAAGACUUUCUGAACACUCAGCUAAACAUAGGUUUUGAUUUAACAGUCAAAUUACUUAGUGCUUUCUGCUCGAAACGGAUUACAAUGGGAUAUAGAAUCAAAGUAAUAAAAAGUUAAUUGGUUUAUUACCUACAAAAGCUAAAGUUCACAUGCCAGUGCAAUACAAAGCUAUUGGCAGCUAUUGAUGUCAUGCAGUUUGACUUUAAUACCUGGAAUUUUUUUAAAGUUUUAGGGAAUUUCUCAAACGGCUACAUGUACAGCAGACUUUCUUUUGUCCAGUUUUAUAUCAGCAGACUGCUUCUUCAUAUGAUUAUGUGCUUUUGGUAUUUUUUCGAGUGAACACAAAUCAGGUCGGAUAUGUCAGGCUGCCCAAAGUCUGCUUCUUGCGUGUGAACGUUGACUUGAUGUGAAUGCCUUGACCGAGGGGUUUCAGUAAUCAGUUGUUCACUGCUAGCAUUUUGGAUUUCCUGACAAAGAUUCAUCUGUUUUUAGGUUAGAAUGUCUUCCACUUUCUGUUGGAACACUGCCGCUGAAGGCUUUAUGGCUCUCAGAAAACCAGGUGUGUGACAUAUCAGUCGCUAGGAAAAAGCACAAUAUUUGUACUUGUUGUGUUUCAAAUAAGAUGAUGUGUGUCCUAGAAAAUGUUUGGCAAACAAAUUAAUUUUGCAUUUUGUCAUGUGGAUGAAAACUUGGUAUGAAGUUUUUGGUUUCUGUGAAGCACCAAUUUUUUAUCCAGACUCUUUUGACUGCAUCCUUUUCUCUCCCUUAUUCGCCCCUUAAUCCACCAAAAUUUCAUCUCUAAAGGCACUUUCCAUUUGCCAGAACUGACUAGCCAGACCAUUCCUGUUGUAGUGAGAAUUUCACUUUUAAUCAAAACUAUCCAGCCAGAUUAGUCAAAUCCUAAAUAGUAUGCUCGAAGGAGAUGCUUUUUCAGCAAGAACCCAUGGUAACAACAAAAUUUCAUUUGCUAACUGACUGGUCUGGUAAUUGUCCGGCCGCCCAGUUCUGUCAAAUGGAAAGCGCCCCAAGUUUCAGGAAACAGACACCUACAGCUUUCCAUCCACUUUCCCUCCAACCAUUUUAGGUUGCUACACUUAAAACACUACCUAAAAUGUGAAAAAGAAGUGAGGAAGUGAUUACCUUUUUAAGAUUUUCUUUGAAACUUUAAAUAUACUUUGUUAGGUCAAAUUUGUAAUAAGAGAUUGAAUUUUGUAAUAAUUGCCACCUUAGUCUUGGUCUUGAUUUCAUAACUACCCACCCCUACCUUUCUAACAUACGCUAUCUUUUUCCCCUCCCACCCCACCCACCAAAAUUGUUGUAGUAAGCCCACCCCUUCCCCCCCCAUUUCUCCCUGGCUAUACCUACCUUCCAGUCCACUGUUGGAUUUAUUGCUACAUUACUGUACAUGUACAUGUACAUGUAGUUUGUAGGGAUAAUGAAAUAACACUUCACCUUGUCUUUGUAGUCUCAACCAGUUCUGAAACUUCAAACAGAUGAUGACGAACAGACUCACAGUAAAGUGCUUACCUGUUUUCUGCUGCCACAGCAAGGACUUGGAAGUUUAGGUAAGUAGCAUGCAUUUAAAAGUUAGUGUCUGACAGCCCAGGGUUAGUGGAUUGUGCUAUUGCGCCAGUGAAUUUUGUUCUAACUUGCUUGACAAGCAAGUGAAGUCUUUUGAAGAAUUCAAAUUACAGACAAGCUGUCAGUAGUCAAUGCAGACCCAAAAACUAAUUUGGGGGGGGGCUAGUUGACAUGACUUCUAGCAUACUUGCUAGCUACAGCCUGCCCGAAUGGCAAGCUGUAAGACAUUGACUUUCUUUGCACCCUGGGUGAGUCAUGUUUGUUAUUAAUAGGUUUUUUUAGUUUUAACUUUUGAGCCUGUGGAUGAACAUUCAAAUGAAAUGACCUCUUCAGCAGCACUUUCACAUUGUACUAUAACUGUAGUAUGUAGUUCUAACUUUGAGUCUGUGAAUAAAAUCCUACGGUGUUAGCAUUGAAGUGAAAGCUCUUCAGCAUUGCUUUCACAUGGUACUAUAACUUUAUUAAGUACUUAGUUCUAACUUUUAAGUCUGUGGAGGAAAUAUUGUGAUAUUACCACUGAAAUAAAACCUCUUAGGCAAAACCUUUGCAUUGUUCAAUGUAUUUCUCAGAAAUUUUUAAAGAGAAGUUAAGAUUUUUAGCAAAAUUUUUAGUUUGGUGACUAUUGAAAGUGAAAGGUCAGGGUUAAUGGGGGUGAUUUUUUUGUGGGGGUUCCUCUGUAUUAACCUUCCAUCAGCACUCGAAAAACAAGUCCUGUCCAGUAAGUCCUGGACAAGUAAUUUUUAAAGCUCAUUUGCCUGGAAUGGGAAAGAGUCCAGGAAAGUCAUCUUGCAACAUAAUCAGUAGCAUAUAAAACAAGUAAGAAGUUGGCCUGGGCCAAAAAAUGUGAAUGCUGCUUGCCCAAUGGACAUGUUGGUAUUCAAGUUUUAUUUUUAGCCCUGCUGUCUAUUCUAGAUUUUAUAUGAGAAAUGCCUUUCAGAAUAACUCUGCUAUUGAAGAUCAGCAGUAUUUUUGCAUUUCGCUAGGUUUUUUAAGAUUUAAUGAUAUGAAAUUUUGAAUUUUGUUGAAUUAUCUCUUUGGCAACUGUUAAGAGUGAAAAAGUUAAUAAAAUCAACUAUUUUGUAAGGCUUUUUAAUGGAACAGUAAAAGGUGUUUAAGAAUAAUUAAAGGUGAUCCAAUGAAAUUUAUUUUCCAUUGUGAAAAUUUUAUUAUUGUGAUUGUGAAGAGUCAAGGGCUUUUAAACCAAGGUCAUGUAUUGUUUUUAAAUGAUGUUACAUUUUGCAUUAUAACAUAGAAUAAUAAUUUGUCCAAGAAUCAUUCAAUACAUCUUUCCUGAAAAUUUAGAUUUUAAUCACCCACCAGUAAAGAAAAGAAAUUUUAAUUCACAGUUGUACACUUUGUUGAAUAUUUUUCUAGUGUCAAUUUGUUAAAUUGAAAUCAGGCAGAGAAGGUCCUGCAGAAUUACGUUUUUUUAAUUUACAAUUUGACAGCUUACAUUGAAAAUUAUCUUUGCUCCCUUAUUUGCAUUCAAUUGCUUCCCCUUCCACUUUAAGGCAGUCAAAGUUUCCUUUAUCUUUAAAUCUUGUGUUAAAUGCAUUUCUGUUUUUAACGUGACAUCACAAAGUAAUAUAUUUUCCUGAUGUGGAAAAUUUUCCGGGCUUUUUCUUAGAGAUAUCAGACUUUUUAAGUUUUCUUUUUUAUGUGUGUAGUGUUUGUGUGUAGGCAAAAUGACUGUAAUGGUACCAUGUGGAGAUGUGAAAAAAAUAACUUUCCAUUUUGAAUAUGCCAAAUAGUGUGUAAUCAGUGGCAGGUGAAAAAACAGAAUGCUUACAUUUUUGUUAUGAAAAUUUGAAUAAUAAUACAUCAGUAGCUGAUCCAUGAUUCCAAAUGCUAGCUAUUCACUAAGUGGCAUUGCGGAAAAUAAGGCAUUAAGGCGUAUUUGCAUUUAUGCAGUAAACAUAUCCAUUUUGUGUUACGCAUUUCGCAGUCCUGGCGUCCCUUAUUCUGCGCAAAUGGCGCUAUUUUGUUUCGGGAUGCAAGAGUGGAUCCUAUGGAGUCAGCCAAGGUUUUAAUGUCUUUAUGGUUAAUUUUAUCACUGUUAGAUCUAAACAUUAUUGAUAUAAUUUCUGUGGGAAACCAUCAUAUUAUGAAGAAAUAUUCUCUGUUGCAUAACCUUGGGGAUAUCAACUGAAGGGCUCUAGCUUUAUUCAAGUCUAACAUGUUGCAAUAAAAACCAGUGAGCUGAAUACCAUGUAAUACAUGUAAUAUUUAUUAAACACAACUCAAAUAUGUUUUUUAUCUUCCUGAUAUGACGAAUUUCAUUGUGGAUUGUUAUUUGAUUUUUGCUUUUCAAUAUUAAAGUAAAUGAAUCAGAAUUAAUCAAUCAGAAGAGGGCAAAAUAUAUUUUUAUACUCUUCAUUACAAAUUUUCCUUUUCAACAGCAGUUAAAACACACAACAAAAUGUGAAUUUUCAAUAUGGAACCUAUUUGACACUGUGUUUAUUUACAGAUUUUUAUCAGUUAUAAGUUUGGUGUUAUUUUAUGUGGUUAUGUGCAGUACAGAUUGAAAAAUUUUGUCCUGGAACAUGUUUAUAUGAGAUCUUGUUGUUGUUGAUUAAGUAAUUUGUAGUCAGAUUGUAUUUGAGUAAGACAGCACAGUAUGUGUUAUAUAGAACUCCUAACCCUUUACCACUAACAGUUGUCAGUGAAAAAAAAAAAUCACCAAAAAAAUCCAAUUUCCUUUGGUUAAAAUCCUAAGAAACAAAUAGCACUGAGUUUCAUUCAUAAAAAAAUUAAUUAUAAUAACUAUAAUAUUUUAAAGUACCUGGAGAGAUAAUCUUGCCACAAUGUUGAUUGGGAGCAAAAGAGUUAAAAUUUUGCUGUAGAAAAAACCAGAACCUAUGAGAGUAAUUGAAAUUUUUGUAUUAAAUAAAGACCAAGAGCAUCCAUAAUAAUUAUGGUAGUUACUGCUCAGAAGCUUCAUUUCAGUGAUUAAACUGUUGGAUUUUAUUCACUGAUCCAAAAAUUAGAACCCUGAUGUAAGGAAGAAUAAUGUUCAGAAGCUUUCAUUUAAGUGGUCAAACUAAAGGAUUUCAUCCACAGACUCAAAAGUUAGAAGGAUGCAGUCAUUUUCCCAUAAACUGUGGCUUCUCCAUGAUAAGCCUGGUUCUCAUGUGCCAGCGAGCUACCUGCGACAUAACUGCUGGUACUGCCUGUGAUCCUAUGCAGACAUAUGAGAAAAUGCAACAGGAAAUAUCGCAGGUCUUUACUGCAGGCAUGCCGGCAAAGUUGAACUCAAGUCUAUUUCGCAGGCAUGGCAGUGGUUAAGACUGUGAUGGCCUUUGUUGCUGGCGACUUCUGUUCUCAUGUCAGAAUGAUAUUGCUGGCAGUACUGGCAGCUAUGUCUCAGGCAGCUUGGCAGCAUAUCAAAACAAGGCUAUGGUGAGGGUUGUCUCCAUAGUCCUCCUAAGGUAAUCUGGGUCCGGUAGGUCAAAAGUUGGAUGACAGCACCCCCCUGGCCUCAGUUCUUCAAAAGAUGGAGAACACUAUCCACUGAAUAAAUAACCAUCCAUUGGAUAAUGCAAUCGGUUUAACUCACACUUAUCACUGGAUAGUGAUUUAUCCCAUGGAUGGUGUUAUCCAAGUUUUGAGCAACUCCAGUGAGAUACAUAGGUAAAUCUCUAUCCACUGGGUAGCAUGAUUUAUUUCCCUAAUACUUAGGGAUAUAUAUGGUGGAUUGCACUAUCCAACUUUUAAACAGUAAUAGGUACCUGGACUAUUAUAUGGAAACCAGGGCCAGGUUUCUUAAAGCUUCUCAACAUUAUGGAAUUCACUCGUAGGUAUUGCUUCUAAAUAACAGCUGAUUGUUCCAGAAAAACACUUUUGAGCCCACCUAUCUCGAGAAAUGCAACUGGCGUUAGGCUUACUACUUACAGUUACCACGACAACAAUUUCCUGUCCCAGGGCUGUGCUAUGGCAGAGCUCGCCAGGCCAUGGCACUCAGCUUUUGCUCUUGGGUGAUUUGAAAAGCUUAGUUUUUUCAUACAAAACAUAUGCUGGGCACCAUAGAUUUUACCAUUUGAGAGCACUGUGCUCCCUUCAAUUUUCCUUAGAGCACAGCCUUGCAUCUCCUAUGAAUUCAAAUGCCCUGCUCUGGUAGGCCAUGGUACCCAAUUUUUACUUGUGGGCACCUUGGAAAUCUUAGUUUUUUCAUACAAAACAUAUGCUGGGCACCAUAGAUUUUACCAUUUGAGAGCACUGUGCUCCCUUCAAUUUUCCUUAGAGCACAGCCUUGCAUCUCCUAUGAAUUCAAAUGCCCUGCUCUGGUAGGCCAUGGUACCCAAUUUUUACUUGUGGGCACCUUGGAAAUCUUAGUUUUUUCAUGCAAAACAUAUGCAGGGCACCUUAGAUUUUACCGUUUCAGAGCACUGCCCCCCUCCCCCUUUGAUUUUCCUUAGAGCAAAGCCUUGCAUCCCCUUUGAAUCCAAACACAAAGUGUUAACUAGCAAAUGUGGUUACUUGGGAAGUGCAGUGCUGUGGGAGACAUUUCUUCACUUUACCAGUAGUUAUUUUGCAUUCUUUCCAUAUUAAUUAAUGGCAAAUUCUUUCCUUUGUCAGAAAUGAUAACAAAUGAUUUGACGCAUGGAUUUGCUAUUGACAAUCUCGCACUUGAAGAUGCCGAUGAUGAGGUGAGACCGCGGGCUGGUAGCUUACCACCUGUUGUGCAAUUUGCAGAUGGAGACUCAGACCACAGUGAUAAAGAGGUAUGUUAAUCAGUUUUCAAUUUGUCUUUUUUUUUUCUAUAUUUAACUUAGCCGGUAUCAGGCAUUAAAUGAGUCAGUGCAGACAAGUGAGAAAGGUGAGUGGGCAGUGAAAUAGCAAACAGGGGUACUGGAAUGAGAUAUUGGAAACAAUGCUUCCAUGCUCCACUACUCUGUCUCUCCCCAGCCCCUACAUGGUUUUUUCACAACUUUUCUUAAUCUGCUUUCUUCACUCUCUUGGAGCCUGGAAAAGGCUAUAUUUAAUUAUUCAGUGUGUUUCAAUGUUCUUAUUAAUACAUAUUAUUCAGAAAAACAAAUGUUUCUUAAAGUUUAGUAUGUGGAUUUCUGGAAAUCUGUGACAUUCAUGUUUCCCACAAUGCAAUUUGCUUCCCCUACAAAAUUUUGCAUAACUUUUGAUUUCAAUUUCUCAAGGCAAAUUUGUUAAUCCCAAGAGGAAUUGAAAACAGUGCUUCAAAACUGUUAUGGGAAAAAUAAACUGCAUAUAAGGGAAUGUGAAAGUCUCAAAUGAAUAACUAAAAUAAAAUGAUAAGAUUAAUUAAUUAAUUAAUUAAUUAACAAACAAACGGUGAUAGACUUGUGCAAAAGUCUUGGCAAAGACAUGUCCCUCAAUAGGAUUCCAAAAAUUAAGGUUUUGGCCACAGAGUGUAUGACUUUGAUAGAAAACAGUAUAAGACGUUCAUCAGUUUUGUGAAGUUUUGAAGCUGCCUUUUGAUCAAAAAUUCGGGAAGUCUAUUAAAAAGUUUUUUAUGUUAUUUGUUGUGCUAUGUAGAGAUUCAUUUUAGUGUGUUUUUUUUUCGUUCUUGCAGACUCAAUUUGUCCGACAUGACACACCACACCCAAGGGAUUUAAAAGCUAGACAUCCCAAGAUAAGCAUGCACAAGAUGCACAAGGACUUGGAUGGUGUUGUCAUUAAGUCAAGAAAAUCUUUUACGGUCAGUGGUUAAUAACAUUGUCGCCCAUUUUUACCUGCAUUGCCAUAACUUCAACACCUCUCUAUUACAGACAGUUCACUUCCCAAGGGUACCAUACAAAAUACACCUAGACAGUGUGCAGAAAAGAACUGUUCAUUAAGCGGCGUUGACAAUAUACCGGUAUGAGAGUUUGUGACUCAGGAUACCGAAAAGUGUGCUUGGCCAUGUUAUCCAGUGUCCAUAUUAAUCCAGUUAUUUUUAAAGAAAAUGUAUGAGUGUUUGAAACUGUCCGUUAUAUAUGGGUGUCUGUAUGAAGCGGAUGUCGUUAGAGUGGGGCUCCUUAGUACUUUUUCUGUUCUGUGAGUUGGAUUUUGAAUAGCCAGUGGUAGAUGCCUGAAGCUUGUAAGUGUGGAAGGGUUAUUUCCAUUGGGCCAUUGAGCGUGUGAAAGUUACAUGUCCAGUGGGAAACAUUUAUUUGUUCCAGACAACCAGGCAGGACUUUUUUGAUCCCCAUAGAGGGAGGGCAUGUACUGCACUAGCAAAACCAUGCUCAAGGCACAAUAACAAGCAAUGUAAAGCCCUUAUUCAUUGCAAGUCAGUGGGAUAGUUAUUUGAACUAAGGCUGACUUAGACUGUGGUUUAAGACUGUUAUUGGUCCCUUCAUCAUUUACUAAGGUGUUUAUGUUAAGCAGAUAAAAUUAAUGGUGUUCAGUUUAGGCUGUAAGCCUUCUUGUGCUGUAAACUGCAGACGUCUGUUUAGAUGUGAGCGUUAGCCAAAUUUAUAAUGGCUUAGAACUUGGUUUUGUGUCUAAUACUUUCAGGACGAUGAAAGUGGGUCAGAUUCAGAAUUCCGUCCAAGGAGAGCAAGUUUUGAGGAUAAGGUUAAGAUUGUUGACAAGAAGCAACUGACUGCACCAGAAAAGACAAUUGAGAAAAAGGAAAUUGGUUUUGCAGAGCCUAAACCAGAGGAAAACAGCAGAGUAGAUUUAGAGGUUUGUUACAAACACUGCAAUGUUCCUUAUUAGUGCUAGUGAUCUAUCUUGGUAUUUUGGGGCUUGUUUACAUGAUAGGUGGGGUGACCAUGUGAAAAAUUGUGUGACAGGCAGGUUACCCUACCUAGGCGGGUUACCUCACCUACCUGGUGUCCCCUACCUCCAUGUAAAUAGCCCCUUACUGUAUCAUAGCCGCCAAUAACAGUGGCUCAUCAGACAGUAGGAAAUCCUAGCUGCGGCCAGACGUGAUGAACGCACAGAUGAUUAUCAUCUUAAAGCUAAAUAUUUGUAUGGUACUUAAUUAAAAGUCAAUAUAACGAAUGCCCAAGAACCUCUCUGGUUUGUCCAACUAAACUGGUGUUCUGGUCAGACAUAUGUAAAUAAACAAAUAAACAAACUAACUAACUAACCAACAAUCAAAUAAAUAAACAAAUAAAUAAGGAUUUAGAGGUAGCACUUCCACUUAGUUUUUUUCGUCUACCUGAGUAAGUAAUUGCGGGCAUCAAGAGGAGCCGGCAAUCCUAUUCUCCAGGUUGUUAUUACGCAUGCGACGCAUGAAUGUAGCCAGCAUUUGUUUGGAUUUCCACUUAGAAUGAGUGGAACGUACAGAACGCAUGUUGAUGACGCGCGUUUCGACCUUCUACCCCUCGUAAUCUGAUCACACGUGUUUGGACCAUUUGUCACGAUAAACCUACGCAAAGCACUCACUGCGUUGGAGCAAAAGCGUUUGACCUUAGAUCGUUGUCGCCCGCACUCCGUAACCUUUGGUUAUUACUAGUCUUUUUUAUUUGACUUUUUUUUCUAAUGUAGGGUUCUGGCUCCGGGGAUGAUAGCGGGAGAGAACCUAAAAUACGUUUUGAAGGAGAAGACCAUCCUGAAACCGAGAAGCAUGAAAAGCUGCGUAGGCGGGACACACCACAUUAUCUGAAAAAUAAGAGAAUAGACCUUCAGUCAAACAACGAGGACAAAGUCAAGGAGAUUCUAGCAAAAGCUGGGAGCAGUGGCGUUGAGGGUCAGAAAAAUGAAGUGGUAAGUGUUUAACUCUUCCACUUCCUUAGCGGCCUAAGUUAAGGUAAAUUUAGGAACAUGAAUGUGUAUUGUAAAACUAGAACCACACAGAAGUAUUGCCAAAGAGGGCCCAUUUUAAUGGUCACUUCUUAGGAUCUCGUCUGGAGAUUGAAGAGAGCAAUUGCAUACUAAGUAUUACCACGUGAAAGUACUGCUGAAGAGGUUUCAUUUGAAUGGUCACACCAAUCGGCAGAGGAUUUCGUCCACAAACUCACUAGUUAGAACUGCAUACUAAAUGAAAAGUACGAUGUGAAAGUAGUGCUGAAGAGGUUUCAUUUGAAUGGUUACAUCAUAGCAUUUCAUCCACACACUUAAAAGUUAGAACUACAUGCUAAAUAAAUAGUACCAUGUGAAAGUACUGCUGAAGAGGUUUCAUUUGAAUGGUAACACCAUAGGAUUUCAUCCACAGACUCAAAAGUUAGAACUACAUACUAAAUAUAUAGUACCAUGUGAAAGUACUGCUGAAGAGGUUUCAUUUGAAUGCUCACACCAUAGGAUUUCGUCCACAGACUCAAAAGUUAGAACUACAUACUAAGUAAAUAGUACCAUGUCAAAGUACUGCUGAAGAGGUUUCAUUUGAAUGGUAACACCAUAGGAUUUCAUCCACAGACUCAAAAGUUAGAAUUACAUACGAAAUAAAUAGUACCAUGUGAAAGUACUGCUGAAGAGGUUUCAUUUGAAUGGUCACACCAUAGGAUUUCAUCCACAGACUCAAAAGUUAGAACUAAAUACUAAAUAAAUAGUACCAUGUGAAAGUACUGCUGAAGAGGUUUCAUUUGGAUGGUCACUCCAUACAUAGGAUGUUGCUCAGCGUUUUUCACUAUAUAACAUAUAAAGGUGCUUAUAUAGCCGGCGUAGCAAGCGUUUUCGUGCGGUUUCGGAACAAAGAACGAGGAACGAGAGUCAAAGACCGCAUGGAAAUGGGGCGAGUAAAAGAGCGGGGAGGGGGUGGUUCGCGCUGCCAAAACCAAAAAUCCCGGCCGUUUCACGUCGUUCCUCGAAUCGGUCUUGCUCCGAAACCAGACGGCAACGCUUCCUACGCAGAUAGUGCUUAUAAAGUCCUCGUGAGCGUUUUAUUUACGUGUACAUUACAGCCACAACAGCAAUUCCCUAACGUGUUUUUGCAACGGUGUACCGGAGCAUGCACUGUAAGGUAAUUCUGCUGACCACCAGGUACUGAAAGUGAAGUGACUUCAGCGUUGUUAAUUUUCAGUUAAACUUGAUUUGACUGUAUUUAAGUGAGUUUUAUCUGAUUUUUAGAACGAAGAUGAAAAUCUUGACGGCGAGGCGGAAGGUGGGUUUCGUUUCAUUUUACUGUUAGCACUGUUGGAAAGAAAGUGUUUUCAUUUGAAAGCCUGUUUGUUUUUCAUCAUGACAGUAACUGAACUGAUUUUUGAGCAAAUUCUCCCCAUUAUCACCGUGUAAAAUAUUUUGAGGAAACUUUAGAGGCUCUAACGUUCGGAUUCAUUCAACCACGCGCAUGUCCGGUAGCAUAUUUAAAAAAAUGUUAAGCAUUGUUUGCAAAGCAUACAUGGUGUUUUGAAUUAAUUUUUAAGUUAACGUUAAUGCCUUGUUAACAGGCGCUUCUUUGUGCUAAACUAAUGAAAGAUACAUUUUCACGCUGGUUGUUCAUCACCAGCUUUGCAUAAUAUGUCAACUAAUUGUUGCUGUAAGUUGUGAUUUGUAUUUUACAAUUUUUUUAAAAAAUGAAUUUAGCCUUUCACGUUCGGAUAAAAGGAAAAUCGUCCAGAAUUUUGCCUCCGCAUUUAAAUGGCUAUCGCAAACCGUGGAAUUUCAUCAACAGAAAAAAAACUGAGUAUUCUCUGCCUUAUUAUAAUAUCAAGAGAUAACUUCCUUAUAGAUUUGACUGAUUUAGUCACUGGGCGAUCAUUCAAAUUUGUCUUUCAACAAAGAUGCUUUUUUAUUAACAGCUCAAGUCUUGAGUUCUAUGUGUUUCAGCUGGAAUUUCGUGGUAUUAACUACUGUUCUUUUUCAUUCCUCCUUCUUCUUUAAUUCUGUGGCCUGUAAAGGUGUAUUGUUUUUUUCCAGCGACAGUGUAAAACAAGAAAAGAGUAAACAGGCAGGCCAUUUUCCAACUUUAUGAUACCGGACGUUUGCCAUUUUAAACGUAGUUUUUCUUUUACGUUCUUUUUUAAAAUGUUCUUCAAUUCUCUAUAUAUUACGGUGCAACAAGAAUUUGUUUGAACCCAAUUUACACGAGUAAAAUUGUUUUAGACAAUUAUUUACCACGUCGAAGAAAAACAGUCCAAGUUUCACCAUUAAUAAUGUGUGAAAGUUUCCCUAGAUGUGGAAAACUUGCCUGUGAAAUCAGGUCUUAAGAAUCAGCAGAGGUUUUGCGCUGAAUUAUUCAUAGUUUUUUACCACAAGUUUUAAUGAAGUGUAAGCUGUUUUGCAUAAGAAGCAUUUGAAACUACCUGCUAAAAUCAUCCAGAUUUGUGUUUGUUUGAAUAAUUUUCUUCGUUCCACUUUCUCAACAUCAAAAUGGUUGCUGUGGUUGGAAAAUAUGGGCCCUUCACUCUAGUUUGGUCAGGUUAGAAACAAAUUGCGAUGUUCUUUUCCAAUUUCGGUUUCGUUUUGCUACCUUGAAGUCUUUUUAGUAUACACGGAUAUCAGGGUUGCUAAUAGUGUCACUUCAUUACGUGUUAAAAUGCCAGUUUUUGAACUUAAACUGGCCCUUACCUUGUGCGAGGUCGUACUUUGCUCGCUGUGUUUGGCGGGGAUCUUCCUUUGCCAACAGAAGUAGUUGUUGUUAUAUAAGCAUUUUGUAAGGAUGGCAAGUCACAACGCCCGUUUUAGAGUUUAUCUUGGCCAUGAGCCUAAUGUAGUCAUUUUCUUUUAUCUUUGUUUAAACUGAUACCUUUUCUUUUAAAAGGAAAUUCGCAUUCUCCCAUCGCUUGUGAGAUUUCAGUCGAUGUUACGACUCUGAACACGCCAUUUAUAUCUUUUUGUAGGAUAGUACUUUUCUCUUGAACGUUGAAGAUGUAGAAAUAGUUUCGUUACUGCCGAGUUACCUUGUCAGUCUUGAAUUUGAAGUGAUGGUGGGAUGGAGGAGAGACGGUAUCAGGUCGUUUCGUCCGAAGGUCGGUCCGCCCGAUAGCAGUUCGCCCAUACUCGAGUCGAUUCGCCCGAAGCGUAUCUGUUGUUCUUUAAGCCUUUUAAAAAGGGAAUAAAGUGACUCACUGCACAUAUGGAAUCCAAGGGUAACUAAAAUAACAUCUCGAAAGGUAUGUUCACCUCGUUGUAGAGUGUUUUAUGUCAUCGGGCGAAUCGACUAAUGUCAUUGCGAACGCCGUCAGGUGAAUCGACUUUCGGGCGAAACGACAGCAAUUCAGGAGAGACAAAAUACCUGCACAUGUUUGUUAUUGCAUCUAAAUCCACCUGCUUUUUUCGAUAAAGUUAUAAAUAGGGCCUAGUUUCAACUUACUUGCCGUAUGUUACGGGUAUUUUAUGAAACUCAACUUCAGUUCCUCGUUCAAAAUCGUGUUUGCGAUGGUCAUGUUGAUAGCCUCUAGUUUAUCAACGUAAUUCACUUCUUGAUUGGCUGAUGUUUUGCUUUUCGUCCCUGUGCCUUAAACGGCCAGUUAGUCAGAAUGCUCAGCGUUUAACACCUCUUAUAUUCGUUUGUAUGUUAAAACUGGGGCGGCAACCUUUGCUAGUUCAUUUUAUUUCCAAAGUAUCAUUGUAAGGCACAUAAUUCAUCAGUCACUUCUUUAACACUGAGGCCACAAAAAGACGAAUCUGGAUUUUUUUGAAACGGCGUUCACUUUCACACAAAUCGGCCUUCUGUCCACACGAAACCAUGCAAUCCGCACACCGAAACAGCAUCUUUUUGAAAUCGCUCUACAGAGUUGUUUAACUCCCCGUUUUGACGAACCCGGCAUUGUGGCUUUGUGGCUUCAAAGGUGUGUAUGUGGCCUGAAACGUUUUGGUUUAGUGCAAUCUGCAGAUAAUCAUCAGUAGAGUUGCUUUCGAAGAAUUUGGUUGACAUUAUGCGAUUGUGUAACGUAACAGUUGAAGAAAAAGAGGGCUUAGUAAAGGAGCGGAAGAGUUGGGGCGGGGUUUGGAGGAGGGGGGGGGGGUGUUUCUUGGUGUUGUGGAAACCAUUGUUGGUUUCGUCGCUUUGAUGUGGGUAUUCAUUGUCUUUCCAAUCUCCUGUAUUACGUCAUUUGGUGAUUGCACCUGUCCGCAAGUGCCCACCUACCCCUCCCCUAAGCCAACGUUGACACUUCUCACUUAGGGCAAAAUGUUGGCUUAGGGGAGGGGUAGGUGGGCAGUUUCCUAGAAACGUAUAAUGAACCGAAUUAACGACCGUUUUAUCAUCCUGUCUUCUUGAAGCCAAAGACAGUUCAUCACCGGAAAGGAACUUCUAACCAAAUUAGAGCGCUGCGUUGUUAUUUGUGGCAUGAUCUAAAGUUAAUUAUUGAAUUUGCAAAGUUAGCCUGAAAGUAUCAGAAGCUCGUCCUUUUUUAAAGGUGAUGUUAAAUGGCACGAUCCGCAACGACGAUUUUUAGCGCAACAAAGCGUUGCAAUGUUGGAACAAUGUGGUAACCAUUCGAAACAUCGCGUAACAAUGUUGUCACGCUAUAUUGCGCCAAAAAUCUUUGAUGUGAGUCAUCUCGUGUAACAUCACCUUAAAGGAAUUUGCAAUGCUCUCGAAGAUCCUGCUUAUCGGCCGGUAUGUUUCGUUUUCAGAGGGACCAACGCUGAAGAGGAAGCCGACACCUCCAAAAAAUGGCCGACGAGCUAGCGAGGAGGAUAAAGCUGAAACAGAAGAAGAACAGGAACUCGUGACAGUGACUAAAGUGGUUGAAGAGGUUAUUAGUGGGUUUUAUUGUUUUUUCACAUAUGACGGAUAUUUAUAGAGUAGGAGAGUGUCACGCAGUUGUUUAAUGGGCGGUCACGCAACAAGGGAAGGGCGUUACGUGAUGGUCCUAGUAACAGCUUCUCAGUAGACAACGCUUUUAAAUUUUUAAAAACCAAAAUUAAUGAUACGCAGAGGAGGUUAUCCAUCGCUGUGGCUGUGAGAAGAAAGCCAUGAAGACGAAAGAAAGAAUAUACAUGUAAUCACUAAAUGAAAAGAACAUUUAUGAUGGAAAGGGAACAUUUCUUGGUUUCAAUUGCUGCGGGUUAACCGUAUGUAAAGACGUUGAGAUUUCAAAGAAUUUCAAAAGGCCAUUAAUACUUGGAAAAAUAAGACGCCAUUUAUAUUGAGGUACAAACUGUACCGUCCAUACGGGUAUAAUAGAUACGGUGAGUCUUAGCUUGGUUGCAUCUCAUCUGAUAUGACUAAUCUUGUUUCUCGCAGAUUGAAUACACAAUCCAUCGUAACAACAAAGGUCUUGGAAUCAAUAUCGCGGGUGGAAAAGGAUCAACUCCUUACGCUGGAAAUGACGAGGUAUUUAAAAAUAAAAUUCCUCUAGGAAGUCUAAGUCAGGGCAAUACGUCUUAUCGAUUUUAUUAGAUUGGGCCCUUGUGCUGUCAUCUGAGAUGUAGAAAUGCAGCAGUUUGUGAAACAGCUUCUGAACGUCAUGUAAACAACUGGGUAAAUAAAAUUUGCUUCCUUUCUUUUUGUCAGGGUAUUUUCAUUUCCAGGAUUUCUGAAAACGGUCCUGCAGGCCAGGAUGGAAUUCUUAAGACAGGAGACAAGAUCUUGAAGGUAGAUCACAUCAAAUACUUCAGCCUUGCAGCUAGACUGCUUGCUGUCCGCCUUUUCUUUUAAAAUCUGCCGAGUUAAAAAAAGGGAUAAGGGAGCGCAAAGACGACGAGGACGGUAGUCAGAACGGAAUAAAGAAAUAGGUUUAGGGCCUGUUUAAAACCCCAGGCAAAAAAAUAAUCACCCCACCUUCAUGUUAACGUGAAACAAAUGACAAUUAUAUGGACAAACGCGGGUUACCUCAUCACGAUUUCAACAACUUUGCAUGUGCAUCACGAUUUCUUGUACAUUUCUUUUCCUUUGUUGUACGACCACGACUUGAAACUGCCUAUUUUCACGUUUUAUGGAGGACGUGAACACAAGACAGCGAUUUUCUAAUUCUUUUUUAAACUUAGAUACAGUCCUUUAGGCUGCGUGCAAACGGACGCAACAACUCCCAACAUUGUUGCGCCAACAAUGUUGGGAGUUGUUGCGUGCGUGUUGGCAGUGGUGUGCAAAAGGAUACAACAACUCACAACAAUGUUGCGACCUGCAGUGCAUCGUGGGAAGGAUACAACCCAUAAGUCUUUGUAAACCAUGCGCAAUGCCAUGCGUGGCCCCAACAAUGUUGGAAGAGCUGUGCAAACGGAUGCAACAUUGUUGCGCUACGCUUCGGCGAUCAUGGAACAAAAGAAAUGUUGGGAGUUGUUGGCUGAAAAAUUUGACCGGUUUCAAACUUUGCGCAACAACACGCAACAACAUCCAACAACAUGCAACAGGGUGUGCAAACGGACGCAACAUGUAACACCCAACAAUGUUGAGAGUUGUUGGUCAACAAUGUUGCGUCCGUUUGCACGCAGUCUUAGAAUUCAACUCCAGAACAAUUCACAAACAUUGGACAAAUUCGACGCCAUGGAAGAAGAGCGAUGAAUUUUGAAACAACGUGAAUUCAAGUUUUAAGAGUCGUUUGUCUCAAAUUUUAUUCCUUUCGUUUCCUCGUCAUAUUUUAUAACUCUUUGCCACUUCUUUCAAAAUCUUAGGUUAACGGUGUUGAUAUUUCAACUGCUACUCACCACGAAGCUGUUCACGUUUUAAAAAAUGCUGGAAAUGACAUUCAUCUAGUUGUAGUAAGAGAAAGAGAAGAUUUAGAGAAGCGAACAGUAACGACAACGUCCAGGGAACAUCUCCCGACGGCAUCCGACGACAAUGAUGCAAUUGAUGAAGCUCUGGAAGAGGCCUUCAGCAAGGAAGAGGUCAAUGAAGUCCACAAAGAACCAGAAAUUGAGCUACCGAAGGUAUGAACCUCCCCCCCCCCCAACACCCGCCACCCUCCCCCCUUAAGUUAACUAUGUAACCUUACAAACCCGAGAGAGGGACAUCUUGGAACUUGAAACAUUUACUGGCAAUUGCGUUUUAUUUGUAUGUGUUAUUUCCCAAUUGCCUUUGCCUUUUCAUAAAUUAUGAAAGAAACAGUUCUCUGGGAUACCGUCACGUGGUGUGAAUUGGGAAAACAAAACAUACAGGUAAAAAGGUCUCUUAACUUAAAAGAUGGGUUUUAUGUCCAAACUGUCCACACUUCAUCUUGGGUUAAAGACAAACAUUGACGUGCAAUUAUGCAAGCAGGCUCAGCGAGGAAUAGUUUUAGAGGAUUCAAACAUUUAUACUUGUACCAAACACCAUUACAAUUACAUGUAUACAAACAUUUUGAAUCUUAAUACGGACAUUGCUCAAUGUGCAAAAGACGAUGAGUUUAUUCGAAGUAUUUUAGUAGCUUCCUCAAGAUUUUCAUUCUUAAGACCACUACUAGUGCACGUGAAUUAUGAAGCUUUGUCGUUGUUGUUUUACCUUUUGGUUUCUCUAAUUGCUUUGUUUUCUGUUGAUUACAUUACUAUAUCGCAGUUAGAUAACUCUAAUUUUUUUUAUCAGGUAAAUGAUGAACCUGCCAAAGAAGAAACAAAAAAAGUUGGUGUUCGUUUUGCUCCAGAACCGGAAAUGGAGGACAUUCAAACAAGAGUCGAGGUAAGCAUGAUACAUGUAGAACAGUGCGAGGGUUGUUGGUUUAUUUAGAAGGUGGUGUGCGUCUUCCGAAGUGAAUGUAACAGUUUUGUGUAACACUGUUGCUGUUUGAACUGUAUUAAUUUGGUUUUGUCCUCAUCACAGAAAGAGACGAUAACGUUAAAAAGAGGAGGCGAGAAGGGCCUGGGGUUUAGCAUUGCUGGAGGUCGCGGAUCAACCCCUUAUAAGGAUGGGGACUCGGUAAGUUGAUUCACUUCAUUGUGUGAUAAAUAUGCGUUAUUGGCCAAUCGUGACCUGAAGAUGGCUGGGUUUUGGCAAGGUUAGUUUUUGCGUACUUGUGGACCGAGAGUAGGACGAAGUGAUGGUUUAUAGAAGACCAUAAAAGCGCAACAGAGAACGAGUUCAAUACUCAGUCAUCUUCAGCGAACAAGUCCGUUAAUAAAGGAUUUUCGUAUUGCCAAAGAGAGGACUUUUUCUGGCGGGACCAACGCGGCAAAUCCCAAGCGCGCAAGAUAGGUCUAUCAGUGCCCUCUAGGGUUGCCAAUUAGAGUACAGGAUUCCGAUCAUCUUGCCCGCCCGGGAAUUCAGCCAAAUAAUUGGAAUUAAAUCUGUUAGGGCCAGUUAUUUAAACGGAGUUUAGCCAGUGUUUAACAAAACCGCGUUCUAAGCCAUUUUUAGGUCGCCGAAUGCUUUUAUCUUAACGCCAUUUAUCAUGAAAAGUUUCAUGAAUGCACUUAAUAAUUUAUAAGGCGUAGUCUACAAUAGCACAUAUUUUCUUAAAAUUGCCCACUGAGGAAGAUAUCUGGAGGUCCAAAGAUUUGGCCUAAGGUAGACUUCGUUUAAUAAUCGACCGUUAGUGCUUAACACUUUAAAGUACUGCUUUUAUGACCUCACCUGGGGGACAGGGCCGCCACUUCCAAGUGAUAUGGCUAUCCGUUCUGGGCACUCCCAAGGGUCAAAUGGUUUGCAGGAUUGAUCCGGUCGAGUAUGAAAUCCGCAUUUCUUCGUCCUGCGAGUUACGAUAUCAGUGCUCUGCGGCCGUUAGAAGAGUUCUGGUGUCACAGAGAGAUUUAACGGAUUUAGGAAGGUUGUAAGCAAGAGGGGUUUAUCCUCUCUUGUCCUUAGUUAAAGAACUUUCUUCUUGAAUGUUUUCUUGAUGUUUGCUGUUGUUUCUUUUCAGGGAGUGUUUAUCUCUAAGAUUGCUGAAGGUGGUACUGCGGAGAGAGACGGUAGACUACAAGUGGGAGAUAAAGUUCUUUCGGUAAGAAAAUUGGCGAACGCACAUUGUAGCGACAGUGCUUCAAUCUGCGGCCAUUUUCAGGGCUUGAAGUAAUGGCCAGUCAACGGACAAUGUUCGGUCAAAAGUCGGCUUUGUCCGGUCAUGCAAAUCCUUGGAUGAACGGGCACUCUUCCUGUCGUUUACGCUUCUGUUGGAAGAUUUAAUUUUAUAAAGAUAUGACGUAAUAAAUAUUUAUCCGGACAAAAACGGGUUGAGUCCGACCAGACACGGCAGCGUGAACACUUCAGAAUCCAGUACUGGCCAAUAUGGGGCUGGGGCUGCUCAGUAAUGAUGCUCCUUGUUAUUUGUAACAAGGCAUGGUCUCUCUGUUUUUUUCAGAUUAAUGGUAAGGACAUGAAAAUCGCCAGACAUGAGGAUGCGGUUGCCAUGUUAACAGGCGGCCUCUCCUACGUCACAUUAGUGGUUUGUCGGGAAAAAGUCAUCAACAAAAGAAUGCUUCCGUUGUCUAAACUGCAGGAUCAGUCAUUUCUUAACAAGAAACUGGGUGUAAAGGUAGGAACCUCUGUUAGUUACAGGUCGAAACUUUACGAUUAUUCUGUGAGCCUGCGGUUAGGAGCGGGACGUUUACCGUAUAAAGAGGGUCGGGAUACCGUAAACUGGUGCUUGUAAGCCCUGGGCUUAUAUUGCUGAUUCAAUAAAGGUUGCUUUGGGAAUUGGGAAUUGAACAUUUAUGUAUAAAGUUGUUAACAACUUGGUUCAUAUACCUCUUGCAAAUACAGUUCAGCUUUCAUAUUCGAAAACUCGAGCGAAUCAUCCUUUGAGAAAUUCAAAUGCAUAUAAGCAUUUUUUGUUCCCAAGGGUACCCCUCUCUGGAACAGUCUACCUAGCGAUGCCGUCUGUGCAGAAUCAGUUAGGUCCUUCCACGCUAAGUUAAUGCGUUAAGCCUUAGCUACAUUGCUUUAUUUAAGUAUUUUGUAAUAAUGACGAUAAUAGUUAAUCUAAGUUUGUUUGCAAUAAGCUUUAUGCCAGGGUUAUUUGUAGCAUUUAAAUGUACUCCUCUCUUUGCCGUUUGACCUUUUAACUUCGGUAUAUUGUUUUUGACUUAAGGAGUACUAAAUAUGUAUGUAUUGUGCAUUGGGCAGCUAUUGUUUGGUGGUCACUGAAGCAAAUCAUGACAAUGUGUUUUUUGAGCAUUUCAGUGAAGCAACAGCAUUAAGCAUUAUUCGAGCGUAUUUUUCAGAGAAAAUGAAAAUAAGAGUACAGGGGACCCCCAAUCAAGCGGACACCCUCUAUUAAGCGGACACUAAGCCGGGUCCCGAUAUUAAUGUCUUCUUUCUCUUUAUAACGAACCCCUAUUCAGCGAACACCUAUUAAGCGGACGCGGACACUAAAAUGAAUUGUAUUAGGCUAAUUUCUAUUGUUAAAAACCUCUGUUAAGCGGACACCCUCUAUUAGGCGGACAGUUGGGAAGGUCUCGAAGGUGUCCGCUUAAUAGAUGUUUCACUGUACUUGUUCCUGGAAAAAAACUUUUUUCAGAAAAAACGGAGACAAACUAGAAAAAACUAGAAAUUCAAAGUGCGGAGACUGAGGAAAAGUUAAUUUUUGCUGUUUAAAAUGUUAGAAACUUGAUUAAGUUGUUGUUUUACUACGUGUACCAUUUCGGUAACGAUAUCACCUUGGUGGGGGAGUGUCAAGGGCGUAUACUGCGCUAUUGGUCAGUUGUUAAGUAUUUGUGUGUGUCUUGUUCAUUGGGUAGAGAAAGAACAUGAACCGAAAACAUCAGGUGUUAAUUUUGGAACUUAAACGCUAUAUUUUUUGACAAGGACGAACACUUUUCUUUUGCAGGAGCACCAAAUAUUUAAUAGCGUGUUCGGAAUCGUUUCUCAGUGAAAGCAACUCAAACAUAACACAUUUUCAAUUGGCAAGAGUUACCCAACGAGAGGCGUCUUUUCAAGUGAAUUAACUUUCAACCUUCUUUCUUCCGCAAAAAGCGGUACAUGGCUUCAAGACGGCUGUGAAAGUUACCUGUUAUUAUUUCGUCACAUAAAUAUGGCAGCUAGAAGGGUUCACAAGUGUCCCCUGUGAUUUCUAUUCUCGUUCUUUUUUGUAGCCUGAAAUGAACCAUGUCUCACCAGAGAAGCCAACAGUUAAUCACGAAGAAACGAACGGAACCAAAGACAUGGACAUCGAGGUUAGAUUUUGAUGAACUCUCCCUUCCUGCACUUUCUGUUUAGUGCCCGAACUCCAAUCUUUUUUGUGGGUGAUUCGGCUCAGGAGGGUGAUUUUAACCCUGUAAGUGCCAAUAGUGACCAAGAUCAAUUUUCUCCUAACAAUAUCCAUACACUGUCAACGGGUAAGUUCUGAGAAUUAACAAAAUGAUCACCCGAGUAAAAAUGCCUUGAUCUUUUAUCAAAUUCUCUCAACUGAUACUUUAAGGAAAUGUAUGAAGAUCAGUUUGGAGAAUUUGUAUGUGGUUACUGGGUCUUAAAGGGUUAAAGGAACGAAGAGGAAAGACUUGACCUUUUACUUCUUCCUCAGUCCAAGACAAUUCUUUCAUAGUUUUUCUUUCCGUUUUUGAAUCUUUUGCUUGUAAACCCUUUUAAGUCUGUCCGUUUUAAUCUCGCUGUAAACCCUGUUAAAUACAGUUUCUUGCUCUCACAAUUCUCGCACGUAACUUAUGCGCAGUCCUUCCUAACAUUAACGACCGAAACGACCACAUCCAAAUUUUGCUGCUUUAAUUGAAUAGGGUCAACUAUAAUGGAAAAAAAGAAAAAGAAAGUGAAAAACGUAUACAGCUUUUGCUGAAAUUUCGGACAUAAGAUUUCGAAGAAGAACCGAGAUGAAGAAGGAGGGCUUUCAAGAAUUUUCUUGCUCCUUUUCCAUGACAGUUGUUCCUUUGGAACCAUCACGUUAAGUGACGCACGGCGCCGUAACAGAGCGAUAAAACUUUGAGAACUGCAAUUCAUUUUUUUUUAUUUUGUAGGAAGUUGUUUUAAAGAAAGGAAACAAUCCUUUAGGCUUCAGCAUCGUUGGAGGUUCGGAUCAUGCCAGUCACCCCUUCGGCAUGGAUGAACCAGGAAUAUUUAUCUCCAAGGUGAGUGCAAAACAGAAGUACUUCUUAGACAGCAUGACAGGGCUCGAAAAAGGCCAGACCGGUCGUCCGGGCGGGGCAAGUUAAUUUUCUUGCUGAGCAGGCAACUUUUUAACACCAUAUUUAUUUCAUGAAAUGGAAAUGAACAAUCGUUGUGAUACGAAAGUAAAGAAUUAAAAAGUAAGAAUUCUCAUUGAGUGUUUUUUCCUAUCAAUUCUCACAGCGAUCUUGGUCGUACAGUUUUUUUUUACUGUGUUUUCACAAGCGCAAAGGUCUGGGGCAAGAGUGGAGCUUGGUCACGCGUGUCAGCAGCGGCGUAAGCUGCACCCGGGUGGGGGAAGAGGUCCAACCCCUUACCCUUUUAUACACCAUUUUUCACGAAAAAGGUACCCCUUUCGUAUACCUUCUAUUGGCAAAUGGUUGCCUUUUCACAUACCUUGUUUGAAACUUUGUAUCCCUUUUAACUGCUGUUAAUGUACUAAAUUUUAAAUGGGAAUCGAAAGAGAGAAAGAACGUUUUCUCGACUUUCUGAAGCCAUAAAAUUCAUCUGUACUAGCCCUUUUGGGGCCUUUAACAGACCCAAAUGACAGAUUUUCCUACCCUUUUAUAUACUUCAACUAGUGAAAUCCCUACCCUUUCAUAUACCUGAAGCCUGAAAAAGAUACCCCUUUCGUUGGGUGUACCCCCACCCUCCUCCCCCUUGAAGCUGCAUCCCUUUCUUACUCUUAUUGUAUAUCCUCCGUUAAUUUCUAGAUUGUUCCAAAUGGAGUCGCAGCAACGACGCAUCUGCGGGUGGGAGAUAGAAUGUUAAUGGUGAGAGCCUUUAUAGUCUUAAAUUAUCCAAUCACUUCUUAGCACGAUAUAUAUGAAAACUAGGGGAAAGAAUCGCUUGUAUGUUAGAGUUUUAUCGAAGACAUUACUUAGUUACACAAAUAUUUGCCAAGCAUCAUUGGGCAAUUGACGAGUAAUCAACAAAUGCCUCUCCUUAGAGCCAAUCACAAAGUUGAAAACCUCUGACGUAAGUUAUCAAAUGCGCGCCUUUAUGUUUGUAAGCGGCAGCUUUCAAACAAAAAGGCAGCGCCAUAGCGCAACAUUUGUUAAUGAGAGAAUGGCAAUUUGUAUAUGGAUACCGUUAAUUUUUUAAAUGAAGAAUCGCAACUACGAAUAGAGACUAAGAUCGACCAAUUUUAGUCCGAGAGUUAAGAACGUUUCUUUUAGAUUUGACAAAGUCAUUGAUAGUAGAAUGGCCCUUUUUUUCUCUUGCAUCGACUUACUUUAAAGACAGCGAAUACCUUUUAGCUUCUUUUUAUUUCAUAAGCUUUUUGUUUCUAAUUGCAGCCGUUUUUUUACGUAAUGCAACAUGAGACCGCCUUUUUAAAUGGACGCCGCCAAACUCAACGACAUAAACCGCAAGCGAUAAUGUCAUAGAAACCGUCUUAAACAUUAGGUUAAUUUAGGUGAAAGGAGACAGACUGACGUUAAAUGGAGAAAGCGCCUUCGGGAUAAAACAAUGUUUUGCGUUACAUUCCCCCCCGCCAGCGGUAUGUUUGGUCACUGAAAAUAUAAACAGGGUUGCUUUGUCGACGCGUUACAUUGCUUGAAGCCGUAGAGUUUUCUUUUUAUUCGGAUUUAUUUUAGUAGACAGAAAUUGCCGUGCAAGUAGUCAUUUCGCCUUAUACAAAAUUUUAGAGGGAAGAACAUUGUCUGCUUCUUUAGUUCUAUAUUCAAUUGCGGUUGUUUUAUUGCCAGCUUUAUUAGUGAACAUAACGGUAGCAAGUGAUCUAAUCGUCUUUACAAAAAUUUAAAAGAACAAUUGGCAACGCCUUAACUGCCCACGUAAGACUUUUGCUCUAAAAGGAACAGCAGAAACGAAAUCGGUAUUACUGGUGUUUCAAUAUAAAUGCGUCAAUUCAGAGAUUUUGUUAUUUCUUUUUCAAGUUCUAUUUUACGUUGGCUGGCAAGUGAACACCUACGAGUUUUUUUUUUUUUUGGCCAAACCCAUUUCCUCUUUCAGGAGUUUUGGAAGUAACCUUAGUUUUUUCUCUCUAUAAAGCUUUUCCUAGUAAGAAAGUUCUAGUGAUUUUUUCAGAGGAGGUAUUUUUGGUUGUUUUUUUGUCGGACUAGAAAGUUCAUGGGUGGAUGCUCACCUUUGGACUCGGAGGCAAUUAGGAGAUGGAAACACGAUGACGCGAGUCACGGAAUUUUAGCCUUUCGGUUUUUCUAAGGGGCGUGGAUCUUUCAAGAACACAGUUUGGUUGUGUUUAUUUAAGAAGGUGGCAGAAGUCUCAUUGUGAAGGCUAAAAGAUUGUCAAUAACAUUGAAGAUCUAUUUUGACGAAUUGAAGAUGCGUUUUUCCAAACGUCUGAGUUGUGAGCCAGACUUGUCUGGUCAUCACUCUUUGUGUUAAACUAGACAGCGAUUUCUUUCUGACCACAAAAUAUUCAAAAACUGUUAUUAUCCUAACACAACGAGAUUUUUUUUUUCUUUUGGUUGUCGUUAAUGUGACGGGUUUCAGCCGCAGCAGUACUUUGUUGUUCACUUUUGCGCGACGAUCCAAUCUUUUGGGCUGAAAUUCCGCUACAUAAGAUAUUUUGUUACUUCAAAAACUUCUUCCGCACUUAAUUUCUUUAUUAGCGUCAUAAACCUAGUCUGUUGUAAACAACCGGUCCUUUGUGUCAAUUGGCUAUUGAUAACUUCUCUAGGCAGUUUCCGGGGCGACACGAUUAAGCAAACUGCCCACAAGUUCCCUUUUAUUUGAGAGUCAAGCGUCUAUUAUUUGUCUAGUCUUUGGUUUGAAUUAAAAAAAGACACCGGAUGCUGUUUUCUGUGUUUACUUUCUUCUUUUCAACUUGUUCGCUGUCAAAAACAAAUUAGAGGUAUUUGCUUAGUGGUAACUUAGGAGAAAUUUAUACGGCUUAUAUACAACUAUAGAUCUAUGAAAUACACGUUCGUACGACCCCACUGGUAUUUCCCGUCUUUUUACAAGUCAGUGUGAAUGAACAGGAAUAUGCGUCGUAAAAUAAAGCAAAGUUGUGUCAAAAAAGUCCUCGCUCCGCUCGCCAAGAGGUCGACUUGUAGAAAGUCUAUAAACUGACCAGCUGUCAUAAACUGAAACUUACCAAUACUUCAUUGCUUUCUCUUCUUGGAGCACUCUACCCUGUUCUCACUCAAUUUCGCGAAAAAGCGUAAGCCAUAUUUCGCGAGUAUUUGAAUUUGAAUUUUAAGUGAAUUUUCAGGGAUUUUUAGAUUUCGCGAUACUUGCGAAAUAUUAUGUAUUUAUUUUAACCUAAAGUUGACCUUUACAAUUCCGCGAAAAAUUCAGUGAAAUUCCAUAGAAAGAAUUAAACUGGUUAACACUGCACCUGAGCGUGCGUGCAUUUUGCAUGUAUAUAGCAUAGUUGCAUCGGUAUUCAGACGUCAGCAAUUCCUCGACAACUUUUUACGGUACUACACGAGUGGAGUGUUCGCAUUCGCGUGCAAUCAAAUAGCCUUUUAGUUCUAUUAUUUAAUGAACCAUCACCAAUCAAGCACGAGAGUUUUCUCAAACGCGCCGACCCUUAAGUAUACAACCUUCUCCAAAAGAUGUACUUCGGCAAAUGCACUUUUUGUCGCCUAGAUAAUAAGCGGCCCAUCUUGUCGGGCCAUCAAAGUCGCGAAGUCUUCUUAAAAGUCUACAAAAUCGAAUUUAUCGGGCUAAAUUGCCCCCUUUGGGCUAAUUAAAAUUGUUCGCGUCAUGGCAAAAAAUGGAUGAAAAGUGGAGGCGCAAUUCGCUAGGGAUUUGAUAUUAUUACAUGUCUGUUUGUAUUCGUUACGUUCGGGUUGUCAAAGCAGUUGAAUGAAAUGCUUAUGUGAGCGAUUGUAAACGGGACAAGUGAGCAGUUAAGCGUAGGAAACCAAAGUAAGAACAUCCAAAAAAGAAAUGAUCGGUGUGGAUAUGGUCAGGAGUUGGCCAUGUGCUUCUUCCCUUCGCAGAAAGGUAGUUUUUUUUCGUCAUGUAAUUUUUAAACCCAGUCUUACAUCUUUGGUUCAAAAUUUCAAUUAAUUUGUAGUGUCAGCUUAAAUCUUUUAACUUUGAGUAGCCUCUCCUGUGAGUACUUUAUGAGCAAAUACUUUAUGGUGUUUAUUUUAUUCCUUUCGUUGAAUUUUAGGCGAAUUAACCAUUUAAAUUUUGAACUUAAAUGGUAAAAUUAAGUCUGUUAGGUUCCCAAAUAUGGUUUUGUCUAACAUAUAACAGCUUAUAACUAGUUUUAAGUGGGUAUCAGAUCGUUUUGCCCGUAAAAGAAUUCAUAACUUGAGCCUUUUUGCAUGUAAGGUAACAUAAACUAGAAUUAUUGACGAAAAGUCGUAGUAUGAAUUCUGUUAAGUUUUCUUUUCUCGUUCUAAAACAUCUACAGGUACUCGAUACAACGAAGUAGAUUUCGUGAAGUCUAUUAAAAAUGUCUUAGUAUUUGUUAAAUUUGGGAAAAUAUUAUACUGUCUAGUGUGAUUCGUAAUGUUCACGGCAAAUUGCAUGACUGGCAAAAUAGUUUUCAUACCUCAGUAACUGGGCAAUGUUUGUUUUCUUUUUGUUUAUUAUUAUAGUUGUUCAGUUGAGCGAGUCUUCCAGGUCCCCGAAAAUUCAAAUAAAAUAUUAUGAGCGGUACUUUUCUGUGGUACUGUUUAUUCUGCUGUACAAUUUUACUUUAUAUUCUGAGUCUAUUUAUCAAAUCUUAAAGUGCAAUCGUCUUUCAAGUUGGCAGUACUUCUUUUACAGCAGUGUUAAAUAAUAAAGUGUUGGCUAAGGUACUUCUAAUCCUGAAGUGUUUCCGUUUAAAUGAAAGCCGCGCAGUGACACUUGUAGUUUCGAGACCAUUACGAUGGAGUAAAGUUAUAAAUUGAACCUUAAUAUACGCUAAUUCUCUAUUUCUGUUGCUUAAUGAUUUACGUAACACUUUGCAUUUUUUUUCUUCACGUUAGGUAAAUGGAAAGGACAUGAGAAAUGCUACUCAUCAAGAAGCGGUAGCUGCUCUAAUAGCGAAUGUUUCGCUCAUAAAACUUCUUGUCCGCCAUGAUCCACCACCAAAAGGUCUCCAGGUAAGGCAAAGUAUUGGUAACAGGUCGUUUCGCACGAACGGCGAUUCCCCCGAAGUUGUUUCGCCCGGACAUAACUAGAUUCGCGCCGUGAUUAUUUUGUCAUCGCAUGAAUCGACUUACGACCAGGCGAAACGCCCACAAUUCAUAGCAUUUUCUUUUUUCUUUUUUACCUGAUUUUUGUCUUGCUUCUUUGAUAAACCGGCCGUAAAAGAACAAUUUGACAAAAAAUCUUGUGUUUUCUUUUGCUUAUCGACCCUUUUUUGUAAGUACAUGUACUGUUGUUCUUCACUGAAGCGUGGCUUGCCGGCCGAUUUGUGCCUUCAGAGAUAAAACAUCAAACCUCUGAAAGGCAAAGAAAGUAACCAGUUUGAUAAGGUAUAAACCCUUCUUUAGCCCUUAAAAAUAUCAUUGAGUUUGUGUUUUCAAUAGUGCUUAUCCGUAAAGUAAAUAAACCAUGUUUUGAAUUGAAAAGUAAUGAUUUGAUGAUCUGUCGAUUGUUUCCUAAUAAUAGUCAUAGUGAUGUCCACAAUUCGCCCAUGGCGAAAAGUAGUAAAAUAGCGCGGCGUUAUUAAUUGGCAAUUUCCUAGAAGAGAGUAAUCUCUUAGUAAAGAAACACUCCUUUCCCUUUCGUGUUUUCUUUUACCUUUUUGACGCUAAGCCGAAUAAAGUAUACUGGCUGUUGCUGAACAAGAACUAAUCCUUCAAAAGCGACCGAAGAUUUUAGGGCUUUUAAAGCUAGUCUCGCUAUGGGUGUAUUUUCACGCUUACUACAAUAAGAUCCAGGGCGGUGGCAAAAUUCAACACUUUGACAAAACAUGAAAGGCCAUGAAAACUUCAUUAGUUUGUCCGCCAAGUUUUCUUUAGAACAACAGCACGAGAAGGACUUUGCCUCUGCGUGUUUGGCUUUUAAGAGACCAGCGUUUGUUUACAACCAGGUUACUUUGUAAAAUUAUUCUUUCAACGGCAGGAGUAAAAUUAUCAGAGAUAAGCUGUUAGUCUUUGUCUUUAAUCGGCAACCUUGUCCGCUUUUUAAUCUCCUGGAUUACAACAGUGUUCUUUUCGUACAAUUCGGACCAUUAUUGCUUGUUUUUAGUUCCCACGAACUAUUUAUGAACGGUUCUAAUGUUGUCUGCGUUAGAACAAAAAGUUAGGAUUUUUGUUUCCGGUUUGCGGCCAUUUUGUUUUUGAAAUUUUGGAGCCUUUUUGCAGCCAGGGUUUGUUAGCUCAAAUGAUUUUCUUUUAUUGUAAAAGUUCUUUGACUGUUUUUGAAAAGAUUCCGAAAAUCGCAAAUAAAGCUUUCACGCCCCACUUCACAGAACUUAGUGCAACUUUGCUUUGCCUAAAAACAAAAACAAUAAAGAACAGCAACAACAGCAGCAGCACUGAGACGCCUGUUUUUUAACAAGAUGACUUGUUAAGUAAAUGCAGUCUUUUUCCGGAUAGCAAAGAGAGACCAUACUUUACUUGUUUAUUAUACUGAAAUGUAUACAUCAUUUCUUUCAAUAGGAGGUUCAUUUGCAUAAAGGUCCAGGAGAGAGACUGGGUAUUAGUAUAAGGGGCGGUGCUAAGGGACAUCCGGGAAAUCCGCUGGAUAAGACUGAUGAAGGAAUAUUCGUGUCUAAAGUAAACGAAGGAGGAGCAGCUUUCAAAGAUGGCCGUCUCAAAGUUGGACAAAGGAUACUGGAGGUGAGUAUUGUGAAACCAUUCGUUACUUUAGAAAACGAGAAGAGUAACUGUGCCAAGUUGACCCUCGCAAAGGACUUGUGGGACUGUUAUAGGGAAAGGGGAAAUAAUUGGCCAACAGCUGACCGACACGUCAUCAGUAACAAUCCCAGAAACAACUGCGGGGUGCAUAUCGGCUCCAGUUUCUCUCCCGCUUCUAAAGUGGCCAAUGAAAACUGAACAACAGUAAAUGUUACAGGUUUGAUAAUUUUGACUGCAGCUAGAAUAUUGACUUUUCAAGAAAACGAGUAAUUUUAUUGACUAGAGUAACUGUAAAAGUUGCAAUCUUUACUGACUGUGUAUCACUGAGACACUAUUUAAUCCCUCAUAAGGUCAACGGUACCAGUCUCCUUGGAGCCACGCACCUCGAAGCCGUGCGAUCCCUCAGAGGGAUUGGGGAGAAUUUAUCAUUGCUAGUGUGUGAAGGUUUUGAUCCCGCUCAAGUUCCCGCGGGACAAGCAGCAUGGAUGCAAAGUCCCGUGGCCUCGAUAAAUUCAGGCCGAACACAGAGUGAGGAGUCACUUGACCGGGAAGUUAUUGUACCUCCAAACGAAAGAGCGUAUGAAGACAUUAGAAAGGAGAUUAAAAGACAGGUACACCUUAAACUUGUUUUUAGCUUUUCAUAUGUAUGUAGGAGUUAGUGCUUAAAACAGAACGAGUGACCAUUUUAAGAAAUUGAGGAAAAUAAGAACAAUCGUUUUCUGCUUUGAUGUAGUUUCCCUUGAAACGCAUUUGAUUUUCUUCAGUCGCUGCAAAAUUUAAAAUGUAAAACAGCGCAUAACUACUGAAACCACGUUGCUUGCGUGACACCUUGGUGCUUAGCGUUCGUUGUGUGACUCACCGGUGCUUUUGUAAUCCAGUGCACAUUUGCAUUCGUUUUGGGCGAGAAGUCAAAAAAUUCCACAAAGAGCGGCCAUCGUCAUGUUUGUCUAUGAGGAAUAGCGCUAUAAAUCCACAAGUCUUUCCUUCAAGCUCGCAAUUCUUCAGGGGAUAUGACUUCCUUUUGCGUGUUUACGUGGCGAACGGUAAGCUGAGUUUAAAGACACUGACGAAUACUAUUCAUACGACAGAAUUCUGGUCGUUUGUCAUUUACAAAAUCGCAUCACCAGAUACCCCCAUUUAUGGAGUUCAUUUUUGUUGCAACGAAAUAUUUGAAAGCUCCUUUUGUCGCAAGACUGGAAUGCGGCGGUAUAAAGUAUACUCAUAUCCACACGGCAAUAUUCGAGUUUCGAUGGCAGCCGCUUGGCUCGAAUGAACUCCUAUUUUAAUGUAAUCGCCAUGGAAACUGGGCUUAUAGGAAAACCUGAAUGUUUCAGCAAGACCACAAAAAAUUUUAAUGUGCUUUUUUAAGCUCUUGUCUUGAGGGAUUUUAAGGGAAAGCGUUCUCGAGUUUUCUUUAUUUCAGCUCUUUUUAAUACCUUUAUCUCGAACUUUUCCAUUUUUCUUAGCCUUCCACUCACAGACUCUAAAUAGUAGCUCAGUUAAUGUGGUUCUUAUGAUAUCUUCUGCAAGACAAAGGCCAAAAAACGUUCGUUUUCGGAAAGGGAACUUGAUAUUGGCCCGAGUUUUGAUGUCUCGUUUUCUCCCAGAAUCAAAUGUAGAGUAAAAGUGCAAGCCUGUUUUUACAGGGAGACAGUGCGACGUUCCCUGCCCACCUGGGAAAUAGGGCUGCAAUGUGAAUUGUCCAAAUCGUAUGUUGUUACCAUUCAAAUAACCUUUCGCAUGGUACUGUUUGCUUGAAACAAAAAUUUAUCGUUCAUAGAAGGCAUAUAGGCUUUCGUGGGUGGCAGCAAGGUUGACAUAUGCGAGAAAGGCAUGUAAUUACACAGUUUCAUAAAAAAAACACGGGUCUUAAGUGGCGUGUAUGUGGGAUAUUCGUUAAUUAUCUGUGAAUUGAAUUUUUCUUUUUCAUGCAGAAAACAAAGAGUGAACAAAACACAACUCGUUAAUCUCCAGGGAGGGGGUUGGAGUCUCUAUUUUGUUAUUUAAGUACAUAGUUUUUCAAACAUGCCCUGGAAAUGAAGUGUAAAAAUUACUUGCUUGGAAAUUAGUCCUUUAAGGUACAAUGCACGCAUUGAUGAUCAAAAUGACGGACAGCCAACAUGAUCCAUUUUGUAACCUCAAUCUUGCACCGAAAUUUAAAAGUUCCCGCACUUUAUUUCGUUGAAUUGCGAGAAGUGUGGUGCCUGGUUACAGGUGGGAAAGGAAAUUAAUGCUCUGUAGCUUUCUUUAUUUAUUUGGUGCACCAAGUGGUUAUUUCUGCAGGUCAAAAAAAGUCAAAGUCACCUUGUACAUGGGGCUUGAAAGAAUUAUUUUUUAAUAAUUAUUAUUAAUUAUGAUUUCGUAUUUUCCUCUUUACGUUUUGCUUGCCUGGUUUUACUGAACGCCUGUCUGAGUUCAUGAUUUAUUUAGAAGGUGACUUGCCUACCUCUUGCCUAUUUAAGCAGUUGAGUACAAAAAAAGUUACUUACCCUGCGCCAGUGGCCCUAGACGACCGAACGGGGCGUUUUUGGAGUCCUGGAGCAUACUAGAUAAUACCGGAGGGAGCUUUUAAUUCAAUGGUGAUACAAAGAAUUUUAACCACAGAUUCAAAAGCUAGAACGGCCUUGUACAGCAUAGUAAACAGUACCAGAAGUACUCAUCGGUACCUAUAUUUCUUUUUAAUGGAACAUGUCCAGGAUAUUCCUUUGUUCCUACUUUGAAACUUUGUCCAGGCCUUACUUUGAAAAGUUCUUCUGGGUGUUGAAUUUCAAUGCAUCAUUCGACAUUUUAGACAACAUUAUUGUUGAUCAUACUGUGCUUUUCUCCCUGUAUAAAGAUAAAAUUCUGAAGUAUGGGUUGCAUGAACGCCGUGAGUGAUUAUUUCGUACUGCAAUGUUUUUGUGGCAAAUAGAUUUAGAACUUAAUACAGGGAAAAAAUUGGUUUGUUUUGGUGUGUAAGUUGAAUUGAUUUUCGUUUCUUCCAUCAGCAAACAGAAUAGUUUCUAACAGUUUGUGUUCUCAAUUUUUUGGAUCACUUUUAACUUUACUUGAAGUAUCGACCUUAUUUGCAACACUAGUGAAGUUAUGUGACUGAUUGGGACGGAUAUCUUUUUUGCCCUCUUCAGGCCGCUACGAAACGCGUGUAAUCGCAAAUCAGUAUUCCUCCCCUUCGUUUGUUGAAAAAGCGCUUUAUUACUUUUCUGUUAUCUUGCUCGUAGGACAUGGCUUGGUUUGUGAUGUAAAUUUAAAAUCUUUGAAGUCCAAAUUUUGCCAAGUUGGUGAAGAAAGGUUAUCAUUAAACUUCCCAGAGAGUUAAGUGUAACUGAUUCUCGCAAUGUUUUUUCCUAAGUUCAUUCGGAAGAAGAAAACUGUAGGUAAAAAAAUUUUCCCUUUAGUAUAGUUAUCACUGUUGAAUGUUUUAGUUCUUAAAGAAAAUAAACAACAAGAGGCAAUUUGAAUAAUUAACUUUAAAAUUAUGGUUAGCAAUAACGUGUUACCUGUUCAAGACGACACUAAUUACCCUGAUCUCAUAGGAAAACUAACGUCUCGCUCUAACUAUAAUAUGGUAAGAAAGUUUUACAUAUCGACGUAUAUCAAUGUUUUUUUUGGGGGGGGUUCAUGUGUCUCGAGCAUAGGUUUAUGAUUUCGUUUUCGACGGAGGGAGUUAUAUUGCCUUAACGAAACGACAAUACAUGAACCACGCUCAAUAGGCCUGUCUGGAAACCAAUGGCUACGAAUUACGUUACCAUUAUAUAAAAACGCCAUCAUAUUGCCUCUACAUCUUGAAGUCCUUAGGCAAGCUUCCUCGAUGUUGGCAGCCACUCUUUCUUUUUUUUUGAUCCCAGUGUUUCGGUGCUGUGGUAAAGUACUCUUUUGUGGCUUUUAUUGAUCUUUAUGAUGAUAUAAAUGAUUCUGUACUUUUCAUAUUUAAUCUUCUGAAUGAUACGUUUAAAGCCCCGCUAGCCUUUUCGAAACCCAAAUCAGAUCUAAUUAAGUGACUCUUUAAUUUAUCUUUUUAGCCGUUAGAUGCAAUUGUAUUUCUAUCUGCCUGUUGUCGCCAGUUUUAUAUAUUAUUCAGCUAAUAUGUUUCACGAAAUAUUUCCCAGAUAAUACUUGUUCCGCUUUGUUAAAGCUUAAAGUAAUAGUCCCUUCACUCUGUUUAAUUUUAAAGAGCUACGCUUGAGUUGAAUUCACCGCUACACUUUGCUACGUGAAGUGUGGAUUUUCUGCGUGGAUUAACUUGUUUGUCGUAAUUUCCAUUUAUCAGCGAGUUCGUUAUGAAAUAUUAAGGUUAAUAACUUGAGCGUGUUGUUUAUCUAGAAUUUUCCGUAACAUGCAAAUGUUGGCACGAUAUUUACAAAACUGGUUCAUGCCGUGCCAGUUCAGGUACGAAUUGUGCCUUGCCAAUUUUAUAAUUUCUUCGUUUCGUUUCUUUCAUGGAGCGUUUGUUGCUUUAGUGGCGUCCAGUGGCGCUGUGAUGGGGUGGAAUAUUCUCCAGUCUUUUCUAUAGACAAAGUAGUGACGUGUAUCUUUUGUGUCAGGAAAAUCCUUUGUUUGAACAAACUUAGCAAUUGGGUGUUCGGGACGUGUGUUUUUGGUGUGCUUCGCGCUUAACCCGCGAAAAUAUAACCUUAAACCGGAUCUUCUCCCAUUGUAACCGCGAAUCAGCGCCUCAAAAGAUUUUUCUAUCGAUUUUUGUGAAGAAACUCACCAGUAAAAUGGCAAAAGUCGAUGUGAUGAGGAUACUGCGACAAUAUGUCAAGAACAAAAUGGUACUUUAAUUUUCAAUGACCUGAAAAUUUAUUCGGUACAUCCUUUUUCGCCUAGUUUGUGGUCUUCCUAAAUUGUUAUUUAUUUUAGAUCUCUUUACUGUUUGAGAUAUUUUUAUUGCUUUUAUGUCGCUAGUAACUAGUCAUCUCUUCUUUUUUAAGUUCAGUGGAAACUCGAUAUAACGAAACCUCGUUAUGGCGAACACAUUUUGCCGGUCCCUUGGCCCUUCGUUACAUCGAGAUUUAACUGUUUUUGAAUUUUCUUUUGAAGAGCUUCAAAUAUCGACUAUAUUUAAUUGCUUCUAUAAGAGCUGCGUUGUGAAACUGUAGUUUGAAUAAUAUUCCACCAGAACUACUGGAGCCUGCCUCUAAAUGAAAAUAUAGUGGAACCUCGAUAUAUAACUAACGGCCCAGGGACUGUUAAAAUGUGUUCGCUAUAACGAGGUUUUGUUAUGUCGAGGUUCUUUUCUAUAUAUUAAACAGUUUGGGGUAAAAUAAUCUUUCGCUAUACCGAGGAAAUCGUUAUAGAGAGGUUCCGCUACAAAUUUUUGAAAUUUUUGGCAGCAACGCAGUGAUUUUAUCUCAGUUUUUUUUCCCUCUUCGUCUUGAAUUUUUACGAUACUCUGGCAGCUGCUACUUAUAAUAUAAGAGCUGUGAACGUUUGCAGUUUGAAUAACAUUGUCGCUGAAUCCCCCCUUGUACUGAUUCUGUUUAUGAAAAAAAAAAUGCAUUUUGACUUUUUUUCCCGCUUCGUUUUUUAGGAAGAAGAAGCUCGAAAAGAAACCGAACGAUGGGAACGGGAGGAAAAGGAAAGACAGGUAAGAAAUAAUUAUCAGGAAAGAAAUUCUAAAAUACAUGUAUUCACUGAGCUGUUGGCACGCGUGUAAUACGUUCUUUUGUGAACCACACAAAUGAAAUUCUAAGUAUAGCGCUUUCUUGCUGUGCUGUUUGUUGAGCUGUAUAAUGUUAUGCAUGGAUGAAGUGUAAGCAGCUCUUUCUUGUGAUCUGAACUCGCCUGGCAAGUGGGUGACAGAGCUACUAAGCAGUUUGUAUUUUACUAAAUGUCAGAACUAUUUGUUGUGCUUGUCUAUUUUCUUACCCAGCCCCGUCGACACGAAUCCGGUGGUAUCGCAUAUAUUAUUACAUGAAUCAGCGGCCUUCCGUAGACGCGAAACCGUUAAAUCCGCUCCCUAAAACCGCAUCUUUUUGAAACCGCUUAAAGCCCCGUCCACACGAAUCGCGGGAAAAUAUUAGAGCGGUUUAAAAAAUGUCCCAAUUCGUGUGGACGGGUCCUCAGACUCGUUUGAAGUUUAUGAGAAAACAAAUGACAGUAACUUUCCUCUUUGGUCCGUUAUAUGAAUUAUGGGCGGUAUUUUAAUUCCCAUUUGAUGACGUUACAAUUUGUUUGUAACAUUUGAGUCGAAAAAGUGAGGAUUCACAAUACAGCUACCAAGCAGUAAUUUCCUGUAGUAUUGUUCAAUAUCAAAAUUUGAGUCCUCACAAGAUGAAAGUAAUCUUUACAAGAACUCAGUACAAGUCUUAAUGGAUGAAAUUCUAAAGUGCGGUCAUCCAAUUAACAGUUAUUAUCUGUGCUUUGUUUUGUUUGUUUUUUUUUUAGUAGUCCUUUUCAUCUUGUUGCGCUGUAAAAAUUUGAUAGCGCUUUCGCAAUACUUUCAUUUAUUGAAUUACUGUCGACCUCGAACUUUGUUGAGCAAUAGCAUUUUUCUUCCCUGCAAAUUGUUUUUCAUUUUCGACCUGUUUAGGCUGCAGAUAUGACCGUUCGGGUCAAAUAUUUCGAGUAUUACAUUGUUGUGGCGGAGCCGGAAUAUUUCGUAAGAUUCUGUCUAAAAAUAUUAAUCACACUUUGUAUUCAAAUUUAAACCGGUGCCUUUCGAAAUUGAAAAGGUUAAAUUUCCUAUCUUGCGGGGGUUAAUUUCCCAGACAUAGUUUCUGCUUACUCGAGCAGACACUAUGAAUCACGUGUUGAUAUUAUAAGAAGUGACUUGCGUCAGUGUAAGCAACAGACCUCGACUUCUUCCCGUCGUGGGCGCUUCAUGUUGAAACUAUGUUACAAACUUUUACUGAACAACAUCGCUCGGAUUUCAUGGCUCCUCACACAUUAUUUACGAUCUGUUUAGUUGGCUGCAGGUUCAAAGGCCUUCAUGAGGUAACGUAGCUUUUUCGAAGGAUUUAACCAAUUUUUUGGAACCUGAUUUACACUUUUCUUCUAGAGAGCUUUACAAUAUUGUAGAUUUGAACUCCUUUAAUUCGAACUCGGUUAUCUCUAAUUCCCCCGUCUAACUUAACCAAUUAUACCCUCUGUGGCUCAAUUUUCAGUUUUAAUCUACUAACCCGAACCCUUGCUAUAUCAAUCUACUUUUGUUCUCAUUGGGAGUUGGAAAUCGCGGGGUUUCUGACUAUUCAAAGUUCAGCAAAAAUUUCCGCUUAAGGAGAAACGGAAGCACUUUUACAUAAAGCGAACUCUCCUUACUUUUUCGAGAAACAAUUUAAAAUUUUAUCUGCUGACUCUGGUUUCCACAAAGGAAAAAUAAACUUAAGUUUAUGCACAAUCAUGGAGCGUGAUUGUUAACCUCACUGUGUGAAUAACUACGUAAUAACUCUUCGCCAAAAGUUGCUCGUCAUUGUUAUCUUGUACACGUUAUAACAAAUUAACAUUUUACGCUUUCAUGGAAAUCGUACUUUCUAACGUUCUUCCUUUAUCGCGCAGCUCGGAGAAUUCGCAGUGUUUCACUUUCUGUCGGAAGUUGUAUUCGUAUUCAUUGCCAUUUACAUUUGUAGUGUUGAAUAAAGCACCUAUCUACAAAGUUUCCCAGUUUUAGAAGUUUUGAAAUAUCUAUUCUUAUUUAUCCACGAAAACUUAAUUACAGAAAGAAAAUUCGCCAAGACAAUAAAAUGAACGCGCCAUCUAGCAAGAAAACAUGUAGGAUUUACGACCUCAUGUAUUAAGUGCGUUAAGUAAUACCACUAAUUCAAGUCUGAUUAUGGAUAUUUGCGUGUGACAUAUCUGCUAGUUUACAAAAAACAGUACAAAUAAUGUGGUUGCUCAGAUUUAAUAUUAGUCGAUACUUAUAAAGUUUACUCUCCUGGUUUGUAUUUUGUUUGCUGAAAGUUCCUUGUGGCAGAUUUCAGAAUCCAGACCUUUCAACUGGAAAAUAAGAAUCCUGAUGCGAAAAUACCCUUAACCUAGUCAAACCGUAGUGUUUGUAACUUGUCUUUGUUUGACAAAGUUGCGGUUCAAAUUUGUUUGAUUGUUUGUUUGUUUCUUUCUGUGGCUUUUCCAACUAACCGACACUUAUUCUUUUUUGUAGGAAGCGCUUCGUAAAAGACUAGAGGACACCAAAGGGAUUACGGAGGAGAAACCGGUAUUUUUUUCUUUUUUUAAUUAACCUAAAGCCGUACCGUGAAAUGUAGUUGUAGAUUUGCGAUCUUGAGUAGGAACUAAUUGCUUACUUCAUUGGUCUAUGUAAGUGCAUUUCAACAGUAUUAUGUUUUUCAUAUGUUAGCAAAUCGAAUUUUAAUUUCUAUUAUUUCUUUUAAACAAACGCAUUGAAAAAUAAUUCUGGUGUUUCGGAAGUCCUGUUAACAAUUGCUGACUUGCUUUGAGGAAGUUGGGGAGCGGUUUACUUGCCUUACCACGAAGGAACAUUCCUGUCGCAAGGAAUUUGUUGAUGUCCAAAAAGUCACGUUUUUGGGUGGCGUGUUUACUAUCACGUCUCAUAGAAUUUCUUUAAAAAAGAAAAAAAAAAACAGCUAUUAUUUUCAAUCACUCCCUCUGGGCGGUAUCUUAAAUUUUCAGGCAAACAAAGAAAUUAACAAUGUAGGUCACCGUUGUCGCCAUUUCAUGUUUUUCAUUCCUGAUUCCGCUUUCAAAGUACGUGAUCAAUCCACGAGACCAAAUAGUAAACAGAACAGCUCCUCUUCGAUGUCCCGGACAAAGAAGCAAUAGCAACGUCUUGCUUAGUUUGGUACAGAAAACCAAGCUACAGUGAAGUAAAAUUACAGUUAUUGAACUUUCAGAUCGUUUGAAUGUGCACUACAAAAGUCACGUGUUAACCUUCUUUCAGACACAAAAAGUAUUUUAUUGCUGUGGUGUUGAAAUGUAGUAUACUGGAAGUUCUUGCUUAAAAAUUCAAGUAAGACACAACUUCGUCAGGAUUUUGGAGUCGAUGAUCUCAUUUUGAAAUAGUCCAAGAACUUACAAAUCUCGACGAAAACACUUAUGACUCCCUCCAAGCGUGCAGCCGUUUCUUUAGCAGUUUUGUCUUAAUCCAGUGAAGCAAAGCGUUAGUGGUCAACUAUGACAAUAACCUUCACGUUUCCCACGCUCAAUUUUUCACAACACUUGAAGAUAGUCUCUUGGAUAGUUGGGCCUCACGCGUGUGAACAUAUUGUUUUUUUCGAUGGCUUUCGGAACUAAAAUUCCAAAAUUCAAAUCAGAUCCAGCUAAAAGUAAGGGUUAGUGACAUUCAAUAAAAUAAACAUGGUUAGCAAACUUGGAACGUAAAGCGAACAGACGCACACGGAAGUACGGUGUAUCAUCUUCCGUUGGUGACACGGCUUGAGGAUUUUAUACCUCGAUAGAAUCGAGCUAGAUCCACCUAAAUAGAUAAACAGCACCACGGGAAAUUCUUACUCAGUAGCUUUCAUUACAUACUGUAGUAUUUCAUUUGCAGAUUCAAAAUUUAAAGACAACCUUUUACAGCACAGGACAGUACCGCCUGACAGUACUUUGUACUAAUUAAUGGGUUUCAUGGGAAUUGUAAUCUCUCUUUAAGGACAGAACUACUCUACCAACAAAUAUUUGCAGAAGCUAUAUACUUCCAUAUUGAUGAGGUAUCUUUUCUUAUAGUAAAUUCUAAAUAUUUAACAAGUUUGUGUUUGCCUUCUUUUUAGGGUAUAAACAGAGCAGUUACAGGUUCUGAUCAUGCACAGAGAACGUCCGAGGAAGCUGCGUUGGAUAAAACGCGUCAUUCAAGCAGCGACUCUGCGAAAGAUUCCGCUCCGCAGUCUCCAAAACGAGCCCUAACGGCGGCCGAAAAACGUGCUCUUGAGGCGGAAAAACGUGCGGCCAUGAGACAACAGCGAAUGCGUGAACUCGAGGAAGAUGCCUUGAAGGCACAAGUAGUUAUUGCGCAAGUGAAAGCAAUGUCUGCCUCGUCACUCGAGACUCUCGCUGUCAAUUCCCCGGAUGGAGACCGAAAGUCAAGCGCGUCGGACUUUGACCUUCAUGACGGGAGCCCCGGAGGGCCAAGAAGGUCUAGUGGUUCUUCUACAAAAUCGACGUAA